AUGCAGUUCGCUGAUGGUCUUAGCUGACCUGAAGGCACUGCUACUGUAGAUGCUUUGGCCACGGCAUUUUGAACAUUGACCAUUUGAUCAUUAUUUAGCAUCGGCUUGGUUGAGUUGCAUGUGGGUGUACAUGCGUGUGUACAGUACGUGUGUGUGCGUAAGAGUGUGUGUGUGUAACAUUGUGUGAAUGUGUGUGUAUGCAUUGUGAUAGCUGGGCUGGAGCUGCUGGAGGCUGCUCUGGGGCCUUAGCGUGUGAUAUAUGACUGAGUCAGGAGCAGUCAGCAACCAUCACCACAAUCCCCAAAAUGGAGGCAUAGACUCACAUCCCCAUAUCACUGCUGUGUUUAUGCUCAGACACACCACAGAUACACAGUUUCCACAGAUGUGAGAUUGUUGGUUCCUGCUAAACAGCCAUUUCUCUGAUCUCUGAUCUUCUGUUAGUCGUCUCAUCUCGCUGUGUGAAGACACACGCACACACACACACAUACACAGACAUGCACACACCCACGCACAGACGCAUGCACUCACACACACACACACACACACACACACACACACACACACACACACACACACACACACACACACACACACACACUCACACACACACACACACACACACACACACACACACACACACACACCCACACACACACUCUCUCAGUGUUAGUCUCACAGCAGGAGAGCUGUUUUCUCCAGCCAGGUCGUUCAAUAUUGACGUUGAAAUUGGACGUCUAUCCAUAUCCUGAGGACAUCGGGAAAUGCCUUCAAAACCGUCCACAAGGGGCAACAGUGAGUGCUAAUACCAUCAAGUAGGCUUGGGUUUUGCUAGGGCGUUGUGGACUGCGAUGGUGGAUAGACGUAAUCCAAUGACUCUGGAUCAAAAGGUUGAGUGUUUGAUCCCAGUCAUGGACAUUAUUUGGGGUUUCAACCCUAUCCCAAACCUUAACCCUUACCUUAACCAUUCGGGAAUGAGUGCCUAAACUUAACCCUUAACUUAGAAAUGUGAUGUUUGGAGAAAUGGAACAUUAGAGAGCAGCAGGAGAAACAAAAACUCUUUGACAUGUGGAGCAACUUUAAAAUGUUACGUUUGGGGAAGGUGAAUGAACGUCUAACUCUGCAGUGAGACUGUGAGAGCUAGUCGGCAGUUCUGCAUUGUAAUGGCCAGCCAGCUCCCUAGCUCAGCCUCAGAGAUCCUUAGAUCCAACCAGCCUGUAGCCUCCUCCCAGGCUGUGGGAAUGUGUUUGUGUGUGUGCGUGUGUGUGUGUUUGGAGUGUGUGUGUGUGUGUUUGGUUUAUGUGUGUGUGUGUGUGUGUGUAUGUGUGUGUGUGGGAGCAGGUUGGUGACAAAUGUGUUGCUGUGCCCACUGUUUGCUUGGGAAAUAUUAUGUGGCCAAUUUCUCUCUGAGCUUUAGAGGAGAGGCCUUAUUGGAGUAACAUCUUGGCCCCAUAUCACAGACAGGGCUUUAGUCUAGAUCAGAGGAGAGGAAGAUGGAUGGAGGAGUGGAGGGGAGGGGAUGAGUGGAGAGAAGGGGAGGGGAAAAAGUCGACAGUUCACUAAGGAUGAUACAUGAGAAGAGUGGAAAUAGGGCGAGAGAGAGAGAGAGAGAGAGAGACAGAGAGACAGAGAGACAGAGAGAGGGAGAGAUAAAUGAGAGAUAUAAGAGAUAACUAGACUAGAUAUAUAGACGAUAUAAGAGCAGAUUAGUCCAAGCAGGCCAGAUCAGCUUUUGUUAGGUGUUCAGUAUCUCCUUGUCCAUCUAUCCAGUAUAGUUGAGACAUGAGACAAUUGGACUGAACAGUAAAUUCUUAGAGCCAGUGAGCAGGUCUGGGAUUAUCGAUCCUGGAGCAGCUCUUGGCGUACCCAGAGCUCCCUGGCUCAAUGAGGUGGAGUGGAGCUGUCAGUGUGUUCCGGAUGUGAACGUUCCCCGGGGUCCGGUCCGGCACUCCCCGUCGGCUCCUAGGGAAUGAUCAGCCAGCCAUCGCCACAGCAACAGAGUUACAAUGCAUGUCAUGGCUUUUAGGCUAAUUCAGCCAUUUGUGUGUAUUUCUAUUUGUCAUCUCAGUGGCCAGUACAAUGACUGAUUACAGAUAUCUAGUUUUAGUCAGAUUCUUUGAGCUGAGCCGAGGUAGGGAAAUGACUUGUAUUUCUGAUUCCUUCCGCUGGUGAGGUUUAUGCUGCUGAUUAUAAACUGGGUGGUUUGAGCCCUGAAUGCUGAUUGGCUGACAGCCGUUGUAUAUCAGACCGUAUACCACGGGUAUGACAAAACAUGUAUUUUUACUGCCCUAAUUACAUUGGUAACAAGUUUAUAAUAGCAAUAAGUCACCUAGUGGGUUUGUGGUAUAUGGCCAAUAUACCACACCUCCUCGGGCCUUAUUGCUUAAGUAGAAGUCAGUGGUAAGCGUGAAUAGCAAUGUGGAAGCAGAUGACUGUGUCUUUCACCUGAUGCUCAAAGGCCUCUUCUUCGUCACAUCACACAUCUUCCUCACAUCAAUGACGUAAAUGAGGUGUGAGCCUCAGCGCUCGCUAUAGGUGUUGAGUGAUGUGUGAGUGAGUGAGAUGAUGAUUUUACACUUAGUGGGAGGGAGAGAUAUUAGUGUUUGUGUGUGCAUUCGUGUAGUAUGACAGUGUGUGUGUGUGCUUUCGUUCAGUAUGAGUGUGUGUCAUUGAGUGUUCUUGUUGUUUGUUGUUCUGACCCUCCCUGUGUGUGUGUGUGAGGUGAAAUCUGUCACUGAAGCAUACAGCCCCCGUCAGCAAACGGUUGACUGGUCUGCCCAGAAAUUGAGUAUAGAUGAUGGCCAUGUCAUGUAGAAUCAUUUAUCUGCUAUAUCAAGGACAGGAGUCUCCAACCUUUUCUAGCAUGAGAGCUAUUUUAAAAAAUCAAACCUGUCGCGAGCUACUAACUUUUUUCUAGCUUUCAAAAAGGAACAUUCUUCUCCUCUCCCCUGGAACUCUUCCCCGAGUCCUUAGUGUACAAGAGGAAGUAGUGCACUAUAUUUUCUGUCAAUAUACCUGGUAAAAUAAUGGUUAACGAACAACUCUAAAGGGGCCCUAUAAAAUCAGUGAUUUUCAGUUUUACAGUGAGGGAAAAAAGUAUUUGAUCCCCUGCUGAUUUUGUACGUUUGCCCACUGACAAAGAAAUGAUCAGUCUAUAAUUUUAAUGGUAGGUUUAUUUGAACAGUGAGAGACAGAAUAACAACAACAAAAUAAAAAAAAACACAUGUAAAAAAAUGUAUACAUUGAUUUGCAUUUUUAAUGAGGGAAAUAAGUAUUUGACCCCCUCUCAAUCAGAAAGAUUUCUGGCUCCCAGGUGUCUUUUAUACAGGUAACGAGCAGAGAUUAGGAGCACACUCUUAAAGGGAGUGCUCCUAAUCUCAGCUUGUUAACUGUAUAAAAGAAACCUGUCCACAGAAGCAAUCAAUCAAUCAGAUUCCAAACUCUCCACCAUGGCCAAGACCAAAGAGCUCUCCAAUGAUGUCAGGGACAAGAUUGUAGAUCUACACAAGGCUGGAAUGGGCUACAAGACCAUCGCCAAGCAGCUUGGUGAGAAGGUGACAACAGUUGGUGCGAUUAUUCGCAAAUGGAAGAAACACAAAAGAACUGUCAAUCUCCCUGGCCUGGGGCUCCAUGCAAGAUCUCACCUCGUGGAGUUGCAAUGAUCAUGAGAACAGUGGGGAAUCAGCCCAGAACUACACAGGAGGAUAUUGUAAAUGAUCUCAAGGCAGCUGGGACCAUAGUCACCAAGAAAACAAUUGGUAACACACUACGCCGUGAAGGACUGAAAUCCUGCAGCACCCGCAAGGUCCCCCUGCUCAAGAAAGCACAUAUACAGGGCCGUCUGAAGUUUGCCAAUGAACAUCUGAAUGAUUCAGAGGAGAACUGGGUGAAAGUGUUGUGGUCAGAUGAGACCAAAAUCGAGCUCUUUGGCAUCAACUCAACUCGCCGUGUUUGGAGGAGGAGGAAUGCUGCCUAUGACCCUAAGAACACCAUCCCCACUGUCAAACAUGGAGGUGGAAACAUUAUGCUUUGGGGGUGUUUUUCUGCUAAGGGGACAGGACAACUUCACCGCAUCAAAGUGACAAUGGACGGGGCCAUGUACUGUCAAAUCUUGGGUGAGAACCUCCUUCCCUCAGCCAGGGCAUUGAAAAUGGGUCGUGGAUGGGUAUUCCAGCAUGACAAUGACCCAAAACACAAAGGAGUGGCUCAAGAAGAAGCACAUUAAGGUCCUGGAUUGGUCUAGCCAGUCUCCAGACCUUAAUCCCAUAGAAAAUCUGUGGAGGGAGCUGAAGGUUUGAGUUGCCAAACGUCAGCCUCGAAACCUUAAUGACUUGGAGAAGAUCUGCAAAGAGGAGUGGAACAAAAUCCCUCCUGAGAUGUGUGCAAACCUGGUGGCCAACUACAAGAAACGUCUGAGCUCUGUGAUUGCCAACAAGGGCUUUGCCACCAAGUACUAAGUCAUGUUUUGCAGAGGGGUCAAAUACUUAUUUCCCUCAUUAAAAUGCAAAUCAAUUUAUAACAUUUUUGACAUGCGUUUUUCUGGAUUUUGUUGUUGUUAUUCUGUCUCUCACUGUUCAAAUAAAUGUACCAAUAAAAUUAUAGACUGAUCAUGUCUUUGUCAGUGGGCAAACGUACAAAAUCAGCAGGGGAUCAAAUACUUUUUUACCUCACUGUGUAUUUUCCCAAAUGUUUUCUCAGUUUUGUUUUUCCUGGCUUUAGAUUGUUUGUUUUUUUCACUCUCAAAAUUACAAUUGUCCAUAGAGAAACAACAGAAUUGGAUAUUCUGAGUCCAUGUCAAUGGUUAACACAUCUGUGGCGAGUGAUUUGAAAGGAGUCAGGCGCAGGAGGGUAAAUCACAGAAUAAAAGGGUUUAUUCCGAAGGCACAGCGGUACGCAGCAAUGCGUCAAACACUCCAGUGCGUAAUCAGGCGCACUGGGAAACAACAAGGCACAAGUGUGAAAUAUCCCGGCGAUACAAAAUACAAGGAGCUCCACCGAGCUAAACUAACCUCCACAAUAAACAAUCACACACAAAGACAAGGGGGCAGAGGGAACACUUAUACAGGUACUGAUGAGGGGAUAUGAACCAGGUGUGUGUAAUAAACAAGACAAAACAAAUGGAAUGAUGAGAUGAGGAGCAGCAGUGGCUAGAAGGCCGGUGACGAUGAAUGCCGAAGCCUGCCCGAACAAGGAGAGGAGGCAGCUUCGGAGGAAGUCGUGACAACAUCAGAAGGUCUGAAAGAAAACUAACACAUUCAUUUUUUUGUGUACUUCCCCUUUAGUUGUACAUCUGGCCCUUUAAUUGUGCAUCUGGCCCUUUAAUUGUGCAUCUGGCCAUUUAAUUGUCUAGUGAGUGAGGAAUGUGCCGUCUAAUGGUCCGGUCAAGCGAUGGUUCUGUACUGCUGCUGCUCAUUUCAUAGCUACAAAUUAUAUACUUACUCAUUAUAUACUUCUGCCAGGCAAGCCUACUUUGCAGUUAACAUUUAAUUGAGAAGGUUUGGGGAAAGUAUUACUCUCAACCCACCAAACCAUUAUCACAUCAACUGGCUACAAACGGAGUGAUAGACAAACACGUGCACCACACAGACAGACAGGGGCCAUAUUGCUGAAAAAUAUUUGGCAGAUAUUGUGUUAGGUUUGGCUUUUUAAUCCAAUAGUGGCUAACCAGGGGUGGGAUAAUGUAAAUGUUGCCUUGAUUAGAUAGUAGCUGGGAGCUUGCGUUGUCGGAUACUUGUGAAAUUUGUUUAUGACAGUUUGCGAUGGAACACAUGAAAAAUUUCAUAUACUUUCUGAAUUGUUUGGCGACUACUAGCAUACUUACAUAGCUUGCUAUCGACCUGUGCACCACUUUGGGGCCCAAGGACCAGGAUUGAGAAACACUGUCCUACAUUAUGGUCUAGUAGUCCAGUAUACUAUGACCACUACUCUCCACAGUCACCUAGUACUUCACAAGUCAUCUGGUUUAGAACAUGUACGUACCAGAAAGCAUAUAUUGGAGAGGGAGAGGGAGAUGAUGAGGGAGUGGUGAACGAGAAGGCGGAGAAGAGAAGGCAGAGGAGAAGAGAGUAGGCAGAGCAGGAAGAAAGAGACGAGAGAGAGAAGAGAGAGAUAGGAGAGAGAGAAAGAAUACAAGAUAUAGAUAUAGCCUCCGUCUUCUAUAAUUACCGACAGAAUAGAGACUCGAGAGAUAGAUCGCUUCUUGCGCUCUCUCCUCUCUCUCUUCUCAGGCUCGCUCCUCUCUCUCUCGUCUCUCGCUUUUUCGCUCUCGCUCUCUCUCUGCCCGGCUCAUCUCCUCUCGAGAGACAUCGAGCAUAAGAGCGCCUAUAGAACGACAGAUCCCUCGACUAGAGAGAGAGAGAUAGAGAGAGACAGAGAGAGCAGAGAGAGGGAGAGAGAGAGACAGAGAGAGAGAAUCCGGCUCAAAGUUUUCCAAUCAGUUAUAGAACCAAUUGCUCUAUAUGGCAGCGAAGUAUGGGGUCCGCUCUCUAAUACUGAAUUUACCAAAUGGGACAAACAUCCAAUCGAAAUACUGCAUGCAGAGUUUUGCAAGACUGUAUUGCAAGUGCAAAGAAAAACUCCAAAUAACGCAUGUAGAGCAGAAUUGGGCCAAUACCCCCUAAUCUUAUUCGAAUAGAAAAAAGAGCCAUCAAAUUUUACAACCAUCUAAAAACAAGUGACCCCAAAACAUUCCAUCACACAGCUCUACUAUCUCAAGAGAUGAAACAAGAGAAGAGUCCCCUCAGCCAGCUGGUUCUGAGGCUCAGUUCACUAACCAAAACCAACCUCAUAGAGCCUCAAGACAGCACUCAGAAAAUCUGGCCCAACCAAAUCAUCACAACACAAAAAGAAAAAUAUAUCACCUAUUAGAAAGACACCACAAAAAAUCUAAAUCUAAACAGACAGUACAUGGUGGCAGACUAUCUGACCACUGUGACUGAUAGAACAUUGAGGAAAACAAUGACUAGGUACAGACUCAGUGAGCACAGUCUGGCUAUAGAGACCGGUUGUCACAGGCAAACCUGGCUGCCCAGAGAGGACAGGCUGUGCUCACUCUGCCUCCGGGAAGAGGUAGAGACAGAGCUGCAUUUCCUACUACACUGUGAAAAAUACUCAGACCUAAGAGAAUCUAUCUUUCCCAAAAUUAUCAUUCAGUACAAAAAAUUUGAAACUAUAAAAGAGGAAGAAAAAAUCCAAUAUCUAUUGGGUGAAAAGUCAAAAUGUGCAAUUUUGGCAGCCAACGUGUCCUCCUGCCACAACCUGAGGGACAGCCAGUGAAAAGUGUAAUAUAAUGUCAAUAAUAUUUACUGUUUUGUUUUGGCUUUCAUACCAUGUAAUGUGUCUUAUCAGUCAUGUUGAGAUUGGUCGACUACUAUUGCUUUAAUGUAUUGUUAUUCUCAUUAAUAUUGUUGUUGUAGUUGCUGUUAAUGGUAAUCCCAUUUCCACUACUACUAUUAUUAUUAUUGCUGUUGGUCCCACCAUUUUUGUUAUAUCUAUACUUUGACAAUGUAAGUAAUUUUACUUGCCAUGUCAAUAAAGUAUAUUGAAUUGAAUUGAAUUGAGAGAAAGAGAGAGAGAGACAGAGAGAGACAGAAAGAGAGAGACAGAGAGAGACAGAGAGAAAGAGAGAGAGAAAGAGACAGACAGAGAGAGAAAGAGAGAGAGAGAAAGAGAGAGACAGACAGAGAGAGACAGAGAGAGAGAAAGAGACAGACAGAGAGAGAAAGAGAGAGAGAGAGAGAGAGAGAGAGACAGAAAGAGAGAGAGAGACAGAGAGAGAGCGAGAGAGAGGGGAUGCUAUAGUAUUCAAAUACUUACAGUACAUCUAUCUUUCAUUCUUCUGUGCCUCCACUAUGCCUCCACUAUCUCAGUACCCUGUCAUUCAACAUUUAUUCUCUCCUCAGUAUCCCCCUCUCUCACUUCACUAUCUCCUCUUCCCCAUUCCACUACCAUUUGCUGUUGGCCAAUUCAGGCUGGAUGAAUAUUCAUGCAAUGCUUACAUGGCAGGGUUGAUAGUGGGUGUGAAACACACAUGCAUGCACACACACACACACACUGCUGUGAGCAGUUUAUUUGUGUUCUCUCUGACUCAGCGCUUUAGCUCUAGUCCAUGUGUCAGAUAUGAACAGAGGGAGAACACACACACACACACACACACACCCUACCCCCACACACACUCAGGGGGACGCAGCUGCUACCGCCUCUGCUGCCUGUCACACACGUAUGUGACAAAUAACAUGUGAUUUGAUGUCAGUGUGUUUAUGUGUGUCUGCCCCCUUAGCACAUGUGCAAACGCUAACCAAUCAUUUACACUCCAUUGCCAAUUAUGUGCAAUCAUCAGCCAUUUUUAAAUAUAAAUGUUCUAUCUCUGUUUUUGAUGAUCACAUUGGCUCACACAGUACGGUAUAGAAAAGCACCCAGACCCAGUAAAGUAGUAGUAAUAAUAGUAAUAAUAAUAAUAAUAAUAAUAAUAAUAUAUUCCAUUUAGCAGGUAGUUUUAUCCAAAGCAAAAACGAAUUGUAUGGGUGGCCCCAGUAGGAAUCAAACCCACAAUCCUACUGUUGCAAGCGCCAUGUUCUAUCAACUGAGUCACAGCAAGGUGUUUGUUGAUAUGCCUCCUCCCUGUCCCUUGCUCCUUGGGGUAUUUAUGAGAGGUAUAAGGUUGGACAGCCAAUAUCCUUUAGCCCAGGAGAUGGAGUGUGUUGUGUUCAUCAGGCCUCAGAAUCUCCCUUACAGACUUUUCUGCAGUGAAACAGAUGCCCUCUCUGGAGACAGACAGCCUCCUCCUUCAGCUUGCCUCCGAACCUCCCCGUUCAACCUCCCCCCACAGCCUUCUCCCUCCCCCAAUUUCUGCUGAGUCAUGACUGACAGGCCAGGGCCCCUGGGAGUAAUCAAAAGGGGACCAACGCGCUCUCCCAGAAGCUUGGCUGGUGCGUAAAACCUGUGAAUUCAGACAAAUAAAAGGAGGGGAGGGGAGGGGAGGGGAGGAUGAGUGUGGUAGAGGAGACAAUGCUCGUUUUAACCCUGUGUGUAAUUAUGCAAAAUGUUUUAUUGUACCACUUCUUCCAAUCCACUAUAGUAUGUGAAUGUGUAGUCCAUUGUCCAGCUUGCCUUUGUAACAGCCUGUGGUAUAAUGCAUAGUUAGAGAAAGCUAAGGGUCACAGAUAGUCAUACUGUACAGUCAUAAGUGAUGCACAUAAUGUGUGUGUGUGUGUGUGUGUGUGUGUUUGUGUGUGUGUGUGCUUGUGUAUGUGUGUGUGUGUGUGCGUGCGUGUCAUAGAUUAUGAUUCACAUAGCUGCUGCAGUGACUCCAGGCUUUGUUGCUUCACUGCACGGCCACGACUUCAUCAACCUCGUUCCCUCACUAAUACAUAAUGUUACUGACUAGCUGGGAAUAUUAAUCUGAAUAAAAAUGUCAUAAAUCAGGAGAAAUGAAUUUCCACUCAGCGAAUGAGUGUUACUUACAGUGCAUUCGGAAAGUAUUCAGACCCCUUCACUUUUUUCACAUUUUGUUACGUUACAGCCUUAUUCUAAAAUGGAUUAAAUUUGUAUUUUUCCUCAUCAAUCUACACACAAUACCCCAUAAUGAAAAAGCAAAAACAGGUUUUUAGAAAAUUUUGCAAAUGUAUUACAAAUAAAAAACACAUAUCAAAUUUACAUAAGUAUUCAGACCCUUUACUCAGUACUUUGUUGAAGCACCUUAGGAAGCGAUAACAGCCUUGAGUCUUCUUGGGUAUGACGCUACAAGCUUGGCACACUUGUAUUUGGGGAGUUUCUCCCAUUCUUCUCUGCAGAUCCUCUCAUGCUCUUUCAGGUUGGAUGGUGAGCGUCGCUGCACAGCUAUUUUCAGGUCUCUCCAGAGAUGUUCGAUUGGGUUCAAGUCCGGGCUCUGGCUGGGCCACUCAAUGACAUUCAGAGACUUGUCCCGAAGCCACUCCUGCGUUGUCUUGGCUGUGUGCUUAGGGUUGUUGUCCUGUUGGAAGGUGAACCUUCACCCCAUUCUGAGGUCCUGAGUGCUCUGGAGCAGGUUUUCAUUAAUGAUGUCUCUGUACUUUGUUCCGUUCAUCUGUCCCUCGAUCCUGACUAGUCUCCCAGUCUCUGCCGCUGAAAAACAUCCCCACAGCAUGAUGCUGCCACCACCAUGCUUCACUGUAGGGAUGGUGCCAGGUUUUCUCCAUACGUGACGCUUGGCAUUCAGGUCAGAGAGUUCAAUCUUGGUUUCAUCAGACCAGAUAAUGUUGUUUCUCAUGGUCUGAGAGUUCUUUAGGUGCCUUUUGGCAAACUCCAAGCAGGCUGUCAAGUGCCUUUUACCGGGAAGGGGCUUCCGUCUGGCCACUCUACCACAAAGGCCUGAUUGGUGGAGUACUGCAGAGAUGGUUGUCCUUCUGGGAGGUUCUCCCAUCUCCACAGAGGAACUCUGGAGCUCUGUCAGAGUGACCAACGGGUUCUUGGUCACCUCCCUGUCCAAGGCCCUUCUCCCCCGAUUGCUCAGUUUGGCCGGGAGGCCAGCUCUAGGAAGAGUUUUGGUGGUUCCAAACUUCUUCCAUUUAAGAAUGAUGGAGGCCACUGUGUUCUUGGGGACCUUCAAUGCUGCAGAAAUAUUUUGGUACCCUUCCCCAGAUCUGUGCCUCCACACAAUCCUGUCCCGGAGCUCUACGGACAAUUCCUUCAACCUCAUGGCUUGGUUUUUGCUCUGACAUGCAUUGUCAACUGUGGGACCUUAUAUAGACUGGCGUGUGCCUUUCCAAAUAAUGUCCAACUAAUCGAAUUUACCACAGGUGGACUCCAAUCAAGUAGAAACAUCUGAAGGAUGUUCAAUGGAAACUGGACGCACUUGAGCAUAAUUUCGAGUCUCAUAGCAAAAGGUCUGAAUACUUAUGUAAAUAAGGUAUUUUUUAAAUAUUUUUUAAUACAUUUGCAAACAUUUCUGAAUACCUGUUUUCGCUUUGUCAUCAUGAGUUAUUGUGUGUAGAUUGAUGAGGAAAAAAUAUAAUUUAAUCCAUUUCAGAAUAAGGCUAUAACGUAACAAAGAAUGGAAAAAGUCAAGGGGUCUGAAUACUUUGCAAAUGUACUGUAGUUUACUUGCAGCAUUUUGAUGGAUAUGUUAAAUAUUCAAUGGAUGAUUAUUCAGCAUAUUUUCAUUUGACAUUUUAGUCAUUUAGCAGACGCUCUUAUCCAGAGCGACUUACAGUUAGUGAGUGCAUACAUUUUUUCAUACUGGCCCUCCGUGAGAAUCGAACCCACAACCCUGGCGUUGCAAACGCCAUGCUCUACCAACUGAGCUACACGGGGCCCUGUGUACUUUAAUUGUCCCUUUUAAUUGCCGUUUUAUCGACAAUAUGGAAUCCAUAUUACGUUUAUUAUGGUGUGUGUCUGCCUUGUGUGUUUGUGGUUCCAUGUUUGAAAGCGAGAAAAAAUUACAUAGGGAGAGAGAGAGAGAGGAAAAGAGGGCGAGAGAGAUUGAGUGAGUGUGAGAUAGGGAGAUAAAGAUAGUGAGGAUGGCAGAACACAGGGUGUGCGUGUGUGAAUGUGGUUUUGUGAGCAUGAGUAAAGAUUUGAGAGGCUUUAAGUGGUUUGAGCGUACUGGCCCAAAAAGGAUGUGAUGCUUACAUAAGUGAGUGUUGCCCAGUGCAGUGGAAGUAAGAGGCACUGGCACAGUCCAGUAGAGACAGACUGAGAGACAGCACCCUGCUAGGGUGAUCACUUCCCUCUGCUGGGUGGAAGAACACACUACCACAGCACAGGAUAUAGGGGCUGUUGCCCGGAAACAGAUUAAGCCUAGCCCUGGAUUUAAAAGUACUUUUAUUUAGCUUUCUUUUAAUCCAGGACUAGGCUAAAUCUUUUACUCAGAAACCGUCCCCCAUAGUACCACACAUAUUCUUUAUCAAUCACAGUACUGUGUAAUGAUUAACCUGGUGUGUGGUUACUGGUGUACAUUUGCAAUGCCUUGUAUGUAUUCCAGACUGGAAUAUGUUCUGGGAUUCAUCUAAUGGCAUUGAAGAGUUUACCACAUCAGUCACCGGCUUCAUUAAUAAGUGUAUUGACGACUUCGUCUCCACAGUGACCGUACGUACAUAUCCCAACCAGAAGCCAUGGAUUACAGGCAACAUCCGUACUGAGCUAAAGGCUAGAGCUGCUGCUUUCAAGGAGCGGGACACUAAUCCGGACGCUUAUAAGAAAUCAUCAAAUAGGCAAAGUGUCAAUACAGGACCAAGAUCGAAUCCUACUACACCUGCUCUGAUGCUCGUCGGAUGUGGCAGUGCUUGCAAACUAUCACGGAUUACAAAGGGAAACCCAGCCACGAGCUGUCCAGUGAUGCUAGCCUACCAGACAAGCUAAAUACAUUGUAUGCUAGAAACACUUAACCAUGCAUGAGAGCACCAGCUGUUUUGGAUGACUUAGAACAAAAUCUGCUCAUGCUCUCCGUAGCCGAUGUGAGUAAGAACUUUAAACAGGUUAACAUUCACAAGGCCGUAGGGCCAGACGGAUUACCAGGACGCGUACUCAGAGCAUGCACUGACCAGCUGGAAAGUGUCUUCACUGACAUUUUCAACCUCUCCCUGAGGAGUCCCUGUGCCCAAGAACACUAAGGUAACCUGUCUAAAUGUCUAUCACCCCGUAGCACUCACAUCUGUAGCCAUGAAAUGCUUUGAAAGGCUGGUCAUGGCUCACAUCAACAACAUCAUCCCAGACACCCUGGACCCCCUCCAAUUUGCAUACCACCCCAACAGAUCCAGAGAUGAUGCAAUCUUUAUUGCACUCCACACUGCCCUUUCCCAUCUGGACAAAAGGAACACCUAUAUGAGAAUCAGUGGUGGUCGGUGCCAUUUAAGAUUAGGGAGGACACACCUUUUUUUAAUGAACAUGGCCUUAUUUUUAUAACAGCAUAUUGGAAGACUGUCAUUCAUAUUACAUUCACCCAGCUCAAUGUAACAUUGAUAGGUUUAGGUUACUAUAUGGUACUCACAUUUUCCCUAUCAUGAGGUUGCUACAACCUAGCCUAUGAAUGAAAGUUUACAACGUAGGUGGACAGGUCGAGAGAAAUUUGAGUAGUCAAGGUGACAGAUAUUGACACAUUCAAUACCGCCUUGCACAAUCUUGCCUGCAUUUAGCUGAUCUAGGGUGUAAUCAUUAGUCCAACAGUUGUAAACAAAAGUUUCUAUUGGACAAAUUCAGGUAUGUUUAUCCACGUUUCGUUCCAUUUGCUUCCGUUUAAGAUUUUAUUUUCAACAGAAUCAGCGGAACCUUACAGUGAAAUGCUUACUUACAAGCCCUUAACCAAAAAUGCAGUUUUAAGAAAGAAUACAAAGAAAUAAAAUAAAAAUACAAUAUUAAAUAAUACGAAAUAAAAGUAACAAAUAAUUAAAGAGCAGCAGUAAAAAUAACAAUAGCGAGGCUGUAUACAGGGGGUACCGGUACUGUGUCAAUGCGCAAGGUAAUUGGGGUAAUAUGUACAUGUAGGUAGAGUUAUUAAAGUGACUAUGCAUGGAUAAUAAACAGAGAGUAGCAGCAGCGUAAAAGAGGGGUGGGGGGCAAUGCAAAUAGUCUGGGUAGCCAUUUGAUUAGAUGUUCAGGAGUCUUAUGGCUUGGGGGUAGAAUCUGUUUAGAAGCCUCUUGGACCUAGACUUGGCGCUCCGGUACCGCUUGCCAUGUGGUAGCAGAGAAAACAGUCUAUGACUUGGGUGGCUGGAGUCUUUGACAAUUUUUAGGGCCUUCCUCUGACAACGCCUGGUAUAGAGGUCCUGGAUGGCAGGAAGCUUGGCCCCAGUGAUGUACUGGGCCGUACACACUACCCUCUGUAGUGCCUUGCGGUCGGAGGCCGAGCAGUUGCCAUACCAGGCAGUGAUGCAACCAGUCAGGAUGCUCUCGAUGGUGCAGCUAUAGAACCUUUUGAGGAUCUGAAGACCCAUGCCAAAUCUUUUCAGUCUCCUUAGGGGGAAUAGGUUUUGUCGUGCCCUCUUCACGACUGUCUUGGUGUGCUUGGACCAUGUUAGUUUGUUGGUAUGUGGACACCAAGGAACUUGAAGCUCUCAAGCAGCUCCACUACAGCCCCGUCGAUGAGAAUGGGGGUGUGCUCGGUCCUCUUCUUUUUCCUGUAGUCCACAAUCAUCUCCUUUGUCUUGAACACAUUGAGGGAGAGGUUGUUGUCCUGGCACCACACAGUCAGGUCUCUGACCUCCUCCCUAUAAGCUGUCUCGUCGUUGUCGGUGAUCAGGCCUACCACUGUUGUGUCAUUGGCAAACUUAAUGAUGGUGUUGGAGUCGUGCCUGGCCAUGCAGUCAUGAGUGAACAGGGAGUACAGGAGGGGACUGAGCACACACCCGUGAGGGGCCCCCGUGUUGAGGAUCAGCGUGGCGGAUGUGUUGUUACCUACCCUUACCACCUGGGGGCGGCCCGUCAUGAAGUCCAGGAUCCAGUUGCAGAGGGAGGUGUUUAGUCCCAGGGUCCUUAGCUUAGUGAUGAGCUUUGAGGGCAAUAUGGUGUUGAACGCUGAGCUGUAGUCAAUGAAUAGCAUUCUCACAUACAGUGGGGAGAACAAGUAUUUGAUACACUGCCGAUUUUGCAGGUUUUCCGACUUACAAAGCAUGUAGAGGUCUGUAAAAUCACAUUGUAUGAUUUUUAAGUAAUUCAUUUGCAUUUUAUUGCAUGACAUAAGUAGUUGAUACAUCAGAAAAGAAGAACAUAAUAUUUGGUACAGAAACCUUUGUUUGCAAUAACAGAGAUCAUACAUUUCCUGUGGGUCUUGACCAGGUUUGCACACACUGCAGCAGGGAUUUUGGCCCACUCCUCCAUACAGACCUUCUCCAGAUCCUUCAGGUUUCGGAGCUGUCGCUGGGCAAUACGGACUUUCAGCUCCCUCCAAAGCUUUUCUAUUGGGUUCAGGUCUGGAGACUGGCUAGGCCACUACAGGACCUUGAGAUGCUUCUUACGGAGCCACUCCUUAGUUGCCCUGGCUGUGUGUUUCGGGUCGUUGUCAUGCCGGAAGACCCAGCCACGACCCAUCUUCAAUGCUCUUACUGAGGGAAGGAGGUUGUUGGCCAAGAUCUCGCGAUACAUGGCCCCAUCCAUCCUCCCCUCAAUACGGUGCAGUCAUCCUGUUCCCUUUGCAGAAAAGCAUCCCCAAAGAAUGAUGUUUCCACCUCCAUGCUUCACGGUUGGGAUGGUGUUCUUGGGGUUGUACUCAUCCUUCUUCUUCCUCCAGACACGGCGAGUGGAGUUUAUACCAAAAAGCUCUAUUUUUGUCUCAUCAGACCACAUGACCUUCUCCCAUUCCUCCUCUGGAUCAUCCAGAUGGUCAUUGGCAAACUUCAGACGGGCCUGGACAUGCGCUGGCUUGAGCACGGGGGCCUUGCGUGCGCUGCAGGAUUUUAAUCCAUGACGGCGUAGUGUGUUACUAAUGGUUUUCUUUGAGACUGUGGUCCCAGCUCUCUUCAGGUCAUUGACCAGGUCCUGUAGUUCUGGGCUGAUCCCUCACCUUCCUCAUGAUCAUUGAUGCCCCACAAGGUGAGAACUUGCAUGGAACCCCAGACCGAGGGUGAUUGACCGUCAUCUUGAACUUCUUCCAUUUUCUAAUAACUGAUUGCGCCAACAGUUGUUGCCUUCUCACCAAGCUGCUUGCCUAUUGUCCUGUAGCCCAUCCCAGCCUUGUGCAUGUCUACAAUUUUAUCCCUGAUGUCCUUACACAGCUCUCUGGUCUUGGCCAUUGUGGAGAGGUUGGAGUCUGUUUGAUUGAGUGUGUGGACAGGUGUCUUUUAUACAGGUAACGAGUUCAAACAGGUGCAGUUAAUACAGGUAAUGAGUGGAGAACAGGAGGGCUUCUUAAAGAAAAACUAACAGGUCUGUGAGAGCCGGAAUUCUUACUGGUUGGUAGGUGAUCAAAUACUUAUGUCAUGCAAUAAAAUGCAAAUUAAUUACUUAAAAAUCAUACAAUGUGAUUUUCUGGAUUUUUGUUUUAGAUUCCGUCUCUCACAGUUGAAGUGUACCUAUGAUAAAAAUUACAGACCUCUACAUGCUUUGUAAGUAGGAAAACCUGCAAAAUCGGCAGUGUAUCAAAUACUUGUUCUCCCCACUGUAGGUGUUCCUUUUGUCCAGGUGUGAAAGGGCAGUGUGGAGCGCAAUAGAGAUUGCAUCAUCUGUGGAUCUGUUGGGGCGAUAUGCAAAUUGGAAUGGGUCUAUGGUUUCUGGGAUAAUGGUGUUGAUGUGAGCCAUGACCAGCCUUUCAAAGCACUUCAUGGCUACAGACGUGAGUGCUACGGGUCGGUAGUCAUUUAGGCAGGUUACCUUAGUGUUCUUGGGCACAGGGACUAUGGUGGUCUGCUUGAAACAUGUUGGUAUUACUGACUCAGACAGGGAGACACUUGCCAGUUGGUCAGUGCAUGCUCAGAGUACACGUCCUGCUAAUCCGUCUGGCCCUGCGGCCUUGUGAAUGUUGACCUGUUUAAAGGUCUUACUCACAUUGGCUACGGAGAGCGUGAUCACACAGUCAUCUGGAACAGCUGAUGCUCUCAUGCAUGUUUCAGUGUUACUUGCCUCGAAGCGAGCAUAGAAGUAAUUUAGCUCGUCUGGUAGGCUCGUGUCACUGGGCAGCUCAUGGCUGUGCUUCCCUUUGUAGUCUGUAAUAGUUUGCAAGCCCUGCUACAUCCGACGAGCGUCGGAGCCGGUGUAGUACGAUUCGAUCUUAGUCCUGUAUUGACGCUUUGCCUGUUUGAUGGUUCGUCGGAGGGCAUAGCUGAAUUUCUUAUAAGCUUCCGGGUUAGAGUCCCGCUCCUUGAAAGCGGCAGCUCUACCCUUUAGCUCAGUGCAGAUGUUGCCUGUAAUCCAUGGCUUCUGGUUGGGGUAUGUACGUACGGUCACUGUGGGGACGACAUCAUCGAUGCACUUAUUGAUGAAGCCAGUGACUGAUGUGGUGUACACCUCAAUGCCAUCGGAAGAAUCCCUGAACAUAUUCCAGUCUGUGCUAGCAAAACAGUCCUGUAGCUUAGCAUCUGCUUCAUCUGACCACUUUUCUAUUGACCGAGUCACUGGUGCUUCCUGCUUUAGUUUUUGCUUGUAAGUAGGAAUCAGAAGGAUAGAAUUAUGGUCAGAUUGUCCAAAUGGAGGGCGAGGGAGAGCAUUGUACGUGUCUCUGUGUAUGGAGUAAAGGUGGUCUAGAGUUUUUUUCCCUCUGGUUGCACAUUUAACAUGCUGGUAGAAAUGAGGUAAAACGGAUUUAAGUUUCCCUGCAUUUCCCACUAGGAGCGUCGCCUCUGGAUGAGCAUUUUCCUGUUUGCUUAUGGCCGUAUACAGUUCAUUGAGUGCGGUCUUAGUGCCAGCAUCGGUUUGUGGUGGUAAAUAGACAGCUACGAAGAAUAUAGAUGAAAACUUUCUUGGUAGAUAGUGUGGUCUACAGCUUAUCAUGAGAUACUCUACCUCAGGCGAGCAAAACCUUGAGACUUCCUUAGAUAUUGUGCACCAGCUGUUGUUUACACAAAUACGUAGACCGCCACCCCUUGUCUUACCAGAGGCUGCUGUUCUAUCCUGCCGAUACAUGUCAUCCUUCUAGCCACCACUCGGUGAAACACAAGAUAUUACAGUUUUUAAUGCCCCGUUGGUAGGAUAUACGUGCCUGUAGUUCGUCCAUUUUAUUAUAAAGCGAUUGUAAGUUGGCCAAUAGUAUCAUUGGCAAAGGCAGAUUAGCCACUCGUCGCCAGCUCCUUACCAAGCACCCCGAUCUCCUUCCGCGAUAUCUCCUUUUCUUUCUACUGCGAAUGACGGGAUGAGGGCCCUGUCAGGUGUCUGGAGCAAAUCCCUCUCGUCCGACUCAUAAAAUAACAAUUAUUCGUCCAGUUCAAGGUGAGUAAUCGCUGUUCUGAUGUCCAGAAUCUCUUUUCGGUCAUAAGAGAUGGUAGCAGCAUGAUUAUGUACAAAAUAAGUAACAAAUUAAUGUGAAAAAACACACAAAAUAGCACGGUUGUUUAAGAGUCCAUAAAACGGCAGCCAUCCCCUCCGGCGCCAUCUCGUCAUGUCAUCAUAGCUACUAGAACUAACACGAUAGUAAACCCUCUACAAUCAUGCAGUACAGUGUACAGUUAUCAGGCAGUAUAGCAGUUACACCGGCGGGCCCCGGUGGUAGUAAAUUCAUAAAACCAAAAGCGUACCUUGACUUGGAAGAGUUCCAGUGUUGGAUAGCCAUAGCCCGCUAGAUAACAUAGCAUCCCUCUCUGUUUGAGUAGGCUAAACUAGCUAGCAGCAUUCGUAGCUAAGUAAGUGAAAGUGAAAGAAAUACGAAAUAUAGCUUGCUCUCUCUCUCACUCUCUCUCUCUCUUGCUUCUCCUACAUUCAUUUGUUCAAAACUGUUCGUAGCUAAGUAAGUGAAAGUGAAAGAAAUACGAAAUAUAGCUUGCUCUCUCUCUCACUCUCUCUCUCUCUUGCUUCUCCUACAUUCAUUUGUUCAAAACUGUUCAACUAUUGUCUUUCUAUCUCUUUGAGUCAACUACUCACCACACUUCAUGCACUGCAGUGCUAGCUAGCUAUAGCUUAUGCUUUCAGUACUAGAUUAUUUCUCUGAUCCUUUGAUUGGGUGGACAACAUGUCAGUUCAUGCUGCAAGAGCACUGAAAGGUUGGAGGACAUCCUCCAGAAGUUGUCAUAAUUACUGUGUAAGUCUAUUUUGUAUUGAAGUCAACGUGCCCAGAGGAAGAUGGAAACAAGCUGACCUCUGGCUACCCAUGGUGCUACCCUACAGAGUGCUUUUGAGGCUACUGUGACCUUCAUUUCAAAACAGUGUGCUUUAAUCAAUUAUUUGGUGACGUGAAUAUAUUUAGUAUAGUUUUAUCUAAAAAUUAUAACUUUUUAAAUGUUUCACUAUUUUUAUUUUUAUGAAAUUCACUGAGGAGGAUGGUCCUCCGCUUCCUCCUCUGAGGAGCCUCCACUGGUGAGAAUGCUGUUCAUUGACUACAGCUCAGCGUUCAACACCAUAGUGCCCUCCAAACUCAUCACUAAACUCAGGACCCUGCGAUUAAACACCUUCCUCUGUAACUGCAUCUUGGACUUCCUGAUGGGCCGCCCCCAGGUGGUGAGGGUAGGCAACAACACAUCUACCACGCUGACCCUCAACUCGGGGGCCCCUCAGGGGUGUGUGCUUAGUCCCCUCCUGUACUCCCUGUUUACCCACCACUGUGUGGCCAUGCACAACUCCAACACCAUCAUUACGUUUGCAGACGAUACAACGGUGGUAGGCCUGAUCACACAACGGUGGUAGGCCUGAUCAUCGAUGGCGAUGAGAGCCUACAGGGAGGCGGUCAGCAACUUGGCAGUGUGGUGCCAGGACAACAACUUCUCCCUCAAAUUCAGCAAGACAAAGGAGCUGAUUGUGGGCUACAGGAAACGGAGGGCCGAACACGCCCCCAUCCACAUCGACGGGCUGAAGUGGAGCAGGUCGAGAGCUUCAAGUUCCUCGGUGUCCACGUCACUAAGGAAUUAUCAUGGUCCACACAUAACAACACAGUUGUGAAGAGGGCACGACAAUGCCUCUUCUCCCUCAGGAGGCUGAAAAGAUUCGGCAUGGGCCCUCAGAUCCACAGAAAGUUCUACAGCUGCACAAUUGAGAGCAUCUUGACUUUCUGCAUCACCGCUUGGUACGGCAACUGCUUGGCAUCCGACCACAAGGCACUACAGAGGGUAUUGCGUAUGGCCCAGUACAUCAUUGGGGUCGAGCUCCCUGCCAUCCAGGACCUCUAUACCAGGCGGUGUCAGAGGAAGGCCUUACAAAUGGUCAAAGACUCCAGCCACCCAAGUCAUAGACUGUUCUCUUUGCUACUGCAUGGCAAGAUGUACCGAUGCACCAAGUCUGGAAAUAAACAGGACCCUGAACAGCUUCUACCCCCAAGCCAUAAGACUGCUAAAUAGUUAACCAAUAGCUGCCCGGACUAUCUGGAUUGACCCUUUUUGCACUAACUCUUCUGACUCAUCACGUAUGCUGCUGUUACUGUUUAUUAUCUAUCUUGCCUAGACACUUUUCCCUACCUAUAUGUACAUAUCUACAUCAAUUACUUCGUACCCCCGCACAUUGACUCGGUACUGAUACCCCAUGUAUAUAGCCAAGUUAUUGUUACUCAUUAUGUAUUUAUUUUUUAAAUGUUUAUAUUAUUUCUAUUUGUUUUAAUUAUCUUUGCAUUGUUGGGAAGGGCCCGUAAGUAAGCAUUUCACUGUAAGUCUACACCUGUUGUUUACGAAGCAUGGGACAAAUACAAAUUUGAUUUGAUUUAGAUUUGAAUAUAUGGUGAGACUUAAUGCUGAAAAGUAUUCACCACCAAAUAACCUCAUGCUCUUUUUCCACGAAGGUUUCCAUUAUGUUUUAGACUGAUUACAGUAUGUCUUUGUGUGAGUUUGUGAGGUUCCUUACCGUACCAUGAGGUUCCUUACCGUACCAUUUUCAUCAGAAUGGAUAGUGAUAAAUGAUUUGAGGGCUGGAUGGAUGGAUAACCAGAUGGCUGAAAUUCUGUAAUGUUCCUCACACAUUCUUCUCAUGUUCCUCAUGGCAGCUCUCACUGUAGCUCAUAUUCUCCAUGUGCGCUACAUGUUGUGUAGUGUUCUGAUGCUGUGUUCUCCAUGCGCUAUGUUUUUCUCUGUUGGUUCCGCCCGUGCUACUACAGCUGCUGGAUGCCAGGAGAACCAAGGUUUGUCCCUAUGUUUGCAACCGCUGCCCUGGCUGCCGUGUAUGCACAACAUAGAGUCACCACCAGUGUGACGUCGUGGAGUGUCUUCAGUACCCCAGAGACCUGGCUGUCCUGUUCCUCUGCCCCCACACACACCCCUGGGCUGUGUUGGAAAUGGCACCUAUUCCCAAUAUAGUGCACUACAUUUGUCCAGAGCUUGUGUGCUCUGGCUAAAAGUAGUACACUAGGCCUAUAUUGGGAAUAGGGUGCCAUUUUGGACUCAGCCUUAAUUGGACCCCUAUACACACACCAGAAAGGAGUGUGAUUGGUUUAGCCUGCACCGUUCCCUAAGGUCUACCCGUGUCCAUCAGACCCUCUCCCUGCUCUUACACACUGCCAAGUUGAAUUCUUCGGUGUUCUCCCUCGACACCCUAUAGUAUACUCUAAAAUAGGCUGUGUUUUAUGGAAUGCUGUUUGGGUCUUUAAGUGUCAAAAACGGUACAUGUCAAAUAACACUAUUGUACGUGUCAAAUAACCUUGUUGAUCAAUCAGGACCUGAAUAUGAGUGCACGUUACAUAAUAAUUGAACGCGUUCAUUAAUUUUUUACGUAGUUAUUACACAUUGAUUACACUAUCACUCGUAUUUUAUAUGUCACAAAGAUUCAUCAAUACGUAUGCUAUAAUGCUGGUAAAGUUUUAUCUCGCACACCUACAGUGCUGGUCAUUAAAAAUAGCUAGCUAGCAGAUGGAUGCAAAUGUUCUUCCCCAAAAGCAAAACGACAUAAUCUGUUUCAGUAGCUAUAGAUAGCUAGCUAACUAUCUAGCUAGGUGUCAUCUUCUAAAAUAACCCUAAUUUAUCAGACAGUUCUAAUUUGAUUAAUGGUGGUCGGACCCAUCUAUGUGAAGCUAGCCACAAUAAGGAUUAGCCACAACAGUGGACUUUGCGGUUAGCCUUCAAAAUAAAAGUCGGUCAUUGACAGAUGCAAAUGAAUACAAAUAGUAGAAUUAUGCCAUAAUUGAAUAGAUCAUGCUAAACGAGGUUGGAAUGUUGUUAUAUAAAAUCAACAAAAUACAAUAAUUUGUUAAUUUGACAAAAAUCUGUUAAUCACACUGGACGUAUAGACUUUAGAAUUGCAUUGGGGGCAUACUUAUUUCACUGUACAGCCUUACCUAUGGAUUGCGGAUCAAUGACAUGGGGUAUCAGUCUACUCAGUGACACUCAGAGAACGUUAGCGUCAUAGCUCUUAUUGCGGGAUUCUGAAACAACUGUGAAUUGAGCCACAUUUAUUGUCAACCUACUAUGUGUACUGAACACUAUUCCAGAGGAAAAACAAUACUGCGUGGAUGUUUUGGAUUCUGAUAACUCUGAGGAGGACGUUGGGACAAAAGCUCUUGGGUAUUGAGUAGACUGAUACUCCAUUUCAUUGAUCCCCAAUCCUUAGGUAAGGCUGUACAGUGCCAUAUGAAUGUCAAUACACACAAUAGGCUGACUGGGGAGGUAAUUUCAUACGGUCACAGUCCCGCGAUAAGAGCUACAAUGCUAAUAUUUGAGUAAACUCUUCACAGUUGUAUUCUGUGGGUGUCACUGAGUAGACUGAUACCCCAUUUCAUUGCUUCACAUUCCAACCUUGUUGAACAUUAUUUAGUCAAAAUAUGGAAUGAUUCCACCAAUUGUAACCUUCUGCAUCACUUUCAGAGGUACUUUGAAGAGCUACUUUUAUUUUGAAGGCGAAUCGCUAAUUCCACUAUUGUGCCUAAUCCUUAUUGUGUCUAGCUUCACAACACAUAACCCGGUCCGGUCGAGCCUCACUAGCCAGAUGAAGCUAGCUGGCUGCUUAUAACGUUAGCUUUGGGCAACAGGGUUAAGUAGCUGGCUAGCUAUUUAUUAUUUAUUGAACUGAAGUUCAAUUUCAAUAGGCGAACAACAAGUGGCUACCUAGCUAAUACUUACUCGCAAGGAUUCCUAAAUCAUUGCAAAGAAUAAUGAAAAUGACUGCAGUUUCUACUGGUCAUUGUUUUCAGGCUGGUUGUAUUGGUGCUAGGUAGGUACCAAGCUAAAGCUAGCUAGCUACCCCAGAAGUUGCGGUCGAACAAAUAAUAGCUUAUUUCCAACGCGGUAUUGUAAACACAUCGGUCGUGGCCGGUGUGUGCUUGUUUGCAGAUUUUUUUUGUACAGCUUUGACUGCUACUGAUAGGUGCUUGGUUUGCGCGUGCAAAUUCAGCACACACAACAUUCAAUAAUAUAAUUGUGUUAUUUGACGUGUCAAAUUAAACGUUUUUUAAUGCGUCAAAUUGUGUUAUUUGAUGUGUAUCUUUUUUGACACGGAAAGACCCAAACGGCGUUCCAUAGCGUUUUGUUCAAUUUCCCCGCCACCUAAACCCUACGUUUCAAUAUCCAUACUAGUGUACCACUAAGAAUGCACGGCCCAAUCAAUGUAUAGUGGCAUGCUAGAGUGGAUAUUGGAACAAAGCCACAGUCUCCUUAUUCCUUCAUCCUAUAAUGGAUGUGUGGUCUACUACUCUUUUAUUUCUCAAGUAGUAACCCUUUGUCCGUUUGAAUGCACACACACACAUGCAUAAGCCACCUUAAUUGGACGGGCUUAUAGUAAUGGCUGGAAGGGAAAUAAUGGAAUGGUAUCGAACUCCAUGUUUGAUACCAUUCCAUUUACUUCAUUCCAGCCAUUAUUAUGAGCUGUCCUCCUCUCAGCAGCCACCAGUUGCACAUGCACAUACACACACACACACACAUACACACACACACACACACAAACACACCUCCCUAACACACAGCAAAAUGGAUGGGCAUGGACCCAGAGGUCCGCUUAGUCUACUGCUGUUGGUUGGUUUCAAUCUCUCAGUGGGAACACUGUUUACUGUGCUGUGCAUGGAUCUCUGCUGCUUCCCUCUCAGCAGGAUGGACAGCAUACACCCUACAAUAAUGAUAGAUAAUUAUCAAUAACGCUGCAAGAAUCAGACAUUGCAGCAAAGCAUUCUUUGAAAGUGCAAGCUGUUGAAUGCAACCAUCAAACUUUGAACAUUUGACAGGAUCAUCAAACUAUUAUCGAUGGAUCAUGGUUCUGCAAGUUCUUCACUUUCCUACUAUAUAGGGAAUAGGGUGCCGUUUCGGUUGCACAAUCAGUUUCUCCCAGCAACACACCGAUUCAGUCGUUCACUGGAUGGCUUUGUUUAAAUGUGUCUCUCUUAGUAUUCCUACCUUCAAAGCUUCUAGAGAGAUUCCUAAAGAUUAGAUUAUCGAUAUACAGUACUGUACAUAGAUAACCAUUUACAGUACACCUUACUCACCCUGAAAAUAGUUACAGGAGAUGGAAAGCAAUGAGCCAUAUAGUCGAUCAUGAACAGUAUAUUAAACACUUGCAUUUUAUCUAUCAUUUUCUCAUACUGCCAUACUUUGUGUAAUUUGCAUUUUCUCUAUUUGUCUUUCAUGCCAUAGUGAGGUAAGUCCUCAGAUUCCUCUCCAAGUUUGUUCUGGAGUAACUAUAUUUCAUAGAGGUUGAAUAGAUUACAGUGUGUGUUUCUGAGUUUGUGUGUGUUCUUCGUAAUACACAUCUCCUUUCCACAGGGCCGCCUUCAAAAUGCCCCUCCCCUCUCUAUAAGAUGUAUUUUUGUGUGUGAGUUUGCGUGUGCCUGAAUAUGUCCCUCCAUGUGUACAUAUUCAGUGACCCAUCCUAGUCUGAUCUGUAAUUUAAUUGAAUCCACCCUAGACUACGUGCUGUGACCCUACCAGAUUGAGACUCCUUGAUGUGUGUGUGUAUGUGUGUGUGAAUGUGUGUGUGUUUGUGUGUGUGUGUGUGUGCUUGCAUGUGUGUAUGUGUGUGUGCGUGUGUGCGUGCUUGCAUGUGUGUGUGUGUGUUUGCGUGCUUGCAUGUGUGUGUGUAUGACCCCCACAGCACCUGCAGCUGACCAUCCAGGCCCUACAGGACGAGCUGCGGAACCAGAGGGACCUGAACCACCUGCUGCAGCAGGAGAACGGCGGCCGCUCUGGGGACCACUACACCAACAUCGAGCUGACCGAGGAGAACUUCAGACGGCUACAGGCCGAGCACGACCGCCAGGCAAGGAAUCUUAAUAAAUGAUUCAUAAUAAAUGAGUGAUUAAAUAAAUGACCAGGGUUGCAAAAUUCUGGUAACUUUCCCCAAAAUUCCCAGGUUUUUCAGAUGCCUUGGUUGUAGGAUUUCGAAUUCCCUGCUGAUUCCCUCCGAGAAUUUUGAGAAUCUUCCCACCGGGAUUUCUAAAUCUUCUUCCAACCUGGACAUUUUGGAAAGUUACGGAAUUUUAGCUACCGUAAUGAUGACACAAUUGAUACUUCCUUCCUUUAAAAUUCCUUUAAAUUCCUUGCGUUCCGUCAGGCCAAAGAGCUGUUCCUCCUGAGGAAGACCUUGGAGGAGAUGGAGCUGCGGAUCGAGACCCAGAAGCAGACGCUGGGGGCCAGGGAUGAGUCCAUCAAGAAGCUGCUGGAGAUGCUCCAGAGUAAGGGUCUGCCUGGGGGGCCAGGGAGGGUCAAUGAGGAGGAGGAGCAGGAGAGAGCCAGGCGCAUUGCUGAGGCCGAGGCUCAGCUGGGACACCUGGAGGUCAUCUUGGACCAGAAGGAGAAGGAGAACAUCCACCUCCGAGAGGUACAAGAGUAUAUGUCUGCAUCCCAAAUGGCACCAUAUUCCUUGUAUAGUGCACUACUUUUGACCAGGGCUCUGUAGGAACUAUGGUGCCGUUUGGGAUGCAUCUUAUGUAGUGCUUAUGGUUAGUAUAUGUCUAGCUACUGUAUGGCCACAGCAGACUCAGAAUAUAUGUAGUGCUAUUAUACGGCUACUAAAUUACUAGUUUCAGAAAUCCCACACUGCUUUACUAAAAUUGCAUUGGCCAGUACUGUACUGUAAUACCGUAAUAUAUACCAUUUACAGAGAAGACACUUUUAUCCAAAGUGACAAGAGUCCACACAUUUUGUACAACUCUGUACAACUCUGCUGUUGCUCUGCUGUUGCUAGUGCCAUGCUCUUAUGAACUGAGCCAAGUACAGGACGACUACAAUACAUAAGUAUAAUACAAUACUGUAAAAUACAAUACUCAAUUACAAUACAGGUGGAAGAUGUAUGAUUCCCAUCCCCAUGAGCGUGCCACCCUGCUUCAGGCCAUGGAUGAGGCAUGCAAUGAUUUAAAUCCAGACCUAUGUCAAGUUUGGAUUCGCCAUGCCAAAAGGUUUUUCACCAGGUGCAUGAACAAUGAGGGCCUGUGACCAAAUGCUCAAGACAGGUUUGAUGCAAACUAGUGCCUGCUAAACAUUCUGUUUCUUUCAUUUCUUUCAUUUGAUUACAUUGUGAAAGAUGUCUUCAAUGAUCACACCUUUGAUCACACAUGGGAUAAAAAUGAUGGACAUUUUAUUUUAUUUUAUGUUCAUUCAAUUUGAAUUGUUAGUGCAAGUGUAUUGCCUAAUGUGAAAACAGUGUAAUGUACUGUAAUUUACAGUACUGUAGCAUACUACAUUCAAAGGGCAAUUUUGAAAUAUGUAUCUUAAAUUUUUUGCUAUUGGAAUAACUGGUUGCUAAAAUAACUAGAUUGAGAAUAUAGCAUUAUGUUGUUUUGGUGAUUAAACCAAUAUAAUCAUUAUAUUUCACAAUAAAAUGUUGGACCAAUGGUUGUGUGGUGAAAGAUGUCUACAAACAAAUUGAAUGCACAUUGGAAGGUUUUGAAUGUAAGACUGGCUGUGUUACAAGUGUUACCAGUUUGGAGUUUUGUACUAAGAGUUUUGAAAAUUCACGAAAUACUACCAAAGUGAUUCAGAAAAACUUUAAAUAGCCAAAACUAUAUAGUUUCUAAAUGGCCACAUUAGACCUGGUCUACUUGGUCAGGGUAGCCUCUGUAGGCACUGGUCUCACCUGUGUUUGAGGUGUUACUGAUAGCGCCGAGUCAUGUUGUUUGUUCACAACUGGUUUUAAAGCAUACGUUUUUAGGACUUCAAGGCAAUUUCCACAAUUUUCUUCUAACCUACAGUGUAUGUCCAUCAACACUAGAGGGCAAUACUGGCCUUCUCUUUGUGUACCUACUGUGCUCUGACUGCAGUGAAAGGAGCAGUGUUCAAUCUGUGUACAGUAUUAUUGUCAACAGAGAAGUAAAUGACUGAUGUAAUGGUAGUGCAAGUCAGUGCUGUCACUCUAGUAUUGGGCUAAGUCAAGCUGUCAUUACCCAUGCAUUUGGAGAGAUUCAGGGCCCAUAUUCAUAAAGCAUCUCAGAGUAGGUGUGCAGAUCUAGGAUCAGGUUCCCCCUGUCCAUGUAAUCUUAUUCAUUGUGAUCCAAAAAGCUAAACUGAACCUAGAUCAGCACUGCUAUUCUGAGAUGGUUCAUUAAUACAGGCCCAUUGCACUAGGUCCUAAGAGAGGCGACAUUUGAUGCUUGUCUUGUCCAUUUCAUAUCAACUGGUGUUCUCCCAGGAACUGCACAGGAGAAACCAGAUGCACCAGGACCCUGGCAAAACCAAAGCCCUCCAGACCAUCAUAGAGAUGAAGGUAAGAACCAUGGGGCAUUAUGGGUAGUGUAGUACACCUGGCUGGCACUAUCACUGAGACCAACCAUGUAGUCAGAUGAAAUACGAAAACCUUAGAGCUCGGAAAAGACAGAUUUUGCUUGUAUUGAAUAAACUUUGAGUCUGUCAAUAGCUCUGGACGCCCAGGCUCGUUCAACGACACAAGAUUUGGAAGGAUGACCUCGUGAGACUAGUCGGUGGAUGAUGUUGUAAUGUUACAUACCAUAAAAAAGCUAUCAAAAAUGUAUUCAAAGCACUAACUGAGCCACUGCAGAGCCCAUUGGCCCACUGUAGCAGCAGAGCUGUGAUAUCACUUCUAAAUAUAAAGCAUGCGCUCACAGCCCGCCAGCAUGCCACUCUCUCACACACCACAUCAUCAGAUGGAGCUGGAUUGGUGCUGAGCAAACCCCAGCAUCCCCUAGCACAGUCACGUGACUCUCCUCUAGCAUCGUCACAUGACAUGCUGGCUCCUGGAGGCUCUGGAUUUGCAUACAGAGCAGAGCCCCGCUCCCUUCCAUCCUCGGUGGAGGAACUCCCCGCUCCUCUCUGCUCUCUCCCACAGCCGUCUUGGUGCUGAUGUUAGCAUGAGUAAUGCUCUCAUCCCCCCCCUCUCUCUACUAUCUCGGUCUCUAGGAUCUCUUUCUCUCUCUCUCGAUCUCUUUCUCUCUAUCUCACCCUGUCUUUCAAAUUUCCUCUCUCUAUCCCUCUCUCAUUCUCUCUCUCCCUCCCUCCCUCACACACCAGGGAGAGCACAUUCUGCCUGCUGCUACCAUGGAAACAGGUGUGGUUGUUUAUGACAGCGAGGCCAGUAGCACAAGGAGGAGAGAGAGAAAGUGAUUCAGAUAGAAAGAGAGAGAUAGAGUGUGCAUGAGAGCAUUACAUCCUCUGCUUGAUCAGCUUGAUCUACUGUAGCAGUGAAAGCAUUUGGAUGGCAUGGCAUCUCUCUGACCCAUUGAGCUACGGUAUGUUGUCGUCUAUACUAUGUCGUCUCCACUAUAUACUAUGCUAUGUUCUCUCCGGUGGUUAGUUAGCGUCUGGCUACAAGUCAUAGAAUAGCGAUGCAUUGACGAAGCACAUGGCCAUGAUAACAGCGUUCACAUGCUCACGUUAACCCCUUAGAUCCAGGACCAUCUGUUGUUAGCUCUCAGUCGUCGUAGGGAGAGCCUUUUAUACAGAUCUGGAUUUCCUAGUUCUCCACUGGCUGCUGGAUGACCCUGCUGAAGCUCUAGCCACAGAACCACAAGUUCACAAGUUCAGAACCAGUCAAGGGUGAGAUAGAGAGAAAGAAGGAGGAGAGACAGAAAGGAGAGAGAGGGAGUGAAACGAGGUUCUCGCUCGGUGCUCUGCAGGUGAAGUGCAUGGGAGAUGGACCAUGGCUAAUUUGAAAGAUGUUGUAUUAUUUAUUUAAAAACUCUGCAAAGCCAAAGCUACACUCGGAGGUGCAGUUGCAGUCCAUAGACUGGCUAAUGCAUUGAAGUGCGAGCGACUACAGAGCAGCACGGCUCCUUUUCCUCUUCCUGCUUCUGCUUCUUCCCCAGGCGUUUCUUUCUGGGCUGGUCCUUCUCAACAGGCUGGAUGUGAUGUGUGCUGCUCAGUAUUUCCAAAUGGUGAUUAAUCCACUGAGAGGCUGGCUGGAGCUAGAACUGCUGCAGCCGGAGAAGGAGGAGGCUUUUGAUUUUACCCCAAGAUACUGCAGAGGCUCUCCUCCUUACUACUUCAAAGAGCUCUUACUUUCUCUGACAGGACUCUCUUUCUCCCUCUUCCAUCUCUCUCUCCCUCCAUCUUCUCCCUUUCACUGUCUUUCGCUCUCUCUUCUCUCUCUUUCAGGUGUUUUUGCGUUUUGUACACUGGUCAACCUUUGGAAAUGUUCUACUAAUGAAUUAUAAGUGUGGCUUCAGCACCAGCACUGAGAUAGCAUCUUACAUGUGGUGCGUGUGUGUUGUGCAGGACACCAAGAUAGCAUCUCUGGAGCGCAACAUCAGGGACCUGGAGGAUGAGAUCCAGAUCCUGAAGGCUAACGGCUUGCUGAACACCGAGGACAGAGAGGAGGAGAUCAAGCAGAUGGAGGUCUACAAAAACCACUCCAAGUUUAUGAAGACCAAGGUACACACACAUAUACAGGAAAACACAGACACACUAUAUGCACAGCAAAACAUGCAGACACGCAUGCAUGCACGCACAUACGCACAUACGCGCGCACACACACACACACGCACGCACACACACACACACACACACACACAUACACACACGUACUGUAGUAGUCUAUAAUGUGCCAAACACAAUCACUCACACAAUCUAGGGUUUGCUGUGCAAAGUGAACAGAACAGAUUAGAGCUGACUGUCUGGCUGACAGUAAAUGAGCUAGCUUUAGCAUUAUAUUAACUGGUUUCAUCUGGGAAGUGCUUCGCUGGCAGCUGUAUCUGACUGGGAGAUGCUUACUCAUUGUUUUGUUACUCUACACUUAGCAGAGACAGACAGCAGAGAGAGCAGAGGAAGACCAUAAAAAAUACCAUUCCUGUAUUGUUAAAAUUGAUAUUUUAUUGUCCUCCGAAGCCUUAUCAAUAUGUUUGUAUCCAUCUAGCAUGAUUGAUUGUAAAGUAUUACCAUUGGAACCCACUGUCAGAAACUCUGGUUACAUUGAAUUUCCUUAUCUACUGUUGCACAUCUUAUCCAGUUGGGCCAGCUUUGAUUUGCUCAGUCAUAUUAUACAGUCUGUCGUCAGUCAUCUUACGGUCAGGUUCCCAGCCUCCCUCCCAGCCUCCCUCCCAGCCUCCAAGUCUCUCUGGAGCAUUGUGUCUGUGUUUUUACAUCCAUGUGAGGAUAAAACCAGCGGGAGUUUUGUUGUUUUAUUUUUAGACCAUUAUUCAUCAAUCAUAGAUAGGGCUGAUGUAUAAUACAUGAAUAAUGCAGGGGGCCAGAUCCAUCUUUAGUGAGAGGAGAGCCUGGCUACAAUGAACACAGUGGAUAAAGGUUUACUUUACCCACUGUCCCUCUGUUAUGGUGAGAGGCUUUUCUACCAAAUGUCCACUGCACAAAGCACACAAAGUAAACUCGUACACAGACAGCUAAUACACACACAGGUAUGAAGGCACACACACACCUGCCAUGAUUUUUUGAUUUAAUUUAUUAGGAUGCCCAUUAGCCGAUGCCAAUGGCGGCAGCUAGUCUUAUUGGGGUCCGACACAUAAAGAAAAAUACAUUACAGACAAAAUACCUUACAAUUUACAUACAGUACCAGUCAAAGGUUUAGACACACCUAGUCAUUCAAGGGUUUUUCUUUAUUUUUCCUAUUUCCUAUAUUGUAGAAUAAUAGUGAAGACAUCAAAACUAUGAAAUAACACAUCAAAAUAUAUUUUAGAUUUUAGAUUGUUCAAAGUAGCCACCCUUUGCCUUGAUGAUAGCUUUGCACACUCUUGGCAUUCUCUCAACCAGCUUCACCUGGAAUGCUUUUCCAACAGUCUUGAAGGAGUUCCCACAUAUGCUGAGCACUCGUUGGCUUCUUUUCCUUCACUCUGCGGUCGAUCUCAUCCCAAACCAUCUCAAUUGGGUUGAGGUCGGGUGAUUGUGGAGGCCAGGUCAUCUGAUGCAACACUCCUUCACUCUCCUUAUUAGUCAAAUAGCCCUUACACAGCCUGGAGGUGUGUUGGUUCAUUGUCCUGUUGAAAAACAAAUGAUAGUCCCACUAAGCGCAAACCAGAUGGGAUGGCGUAUCGCUGCAGAAUGCUGUGGUAGCCAUGCUGGUUAAGUGUGCCUUGAAUUCUAAAUAAAUCACAGACAGUGUCACCAGCAAAGCACCCCAACACCAUCACACCUCCUUCUCCAUGCUUCAUGGUGGGAACCACACAUGCGGAGAUCAUCCGUUCACCUACUCUACGUCUCACAAAGACACGGCGGUUGGAACCAAAAAUCACAAAUUUGCACUUAUCAGACCAAAGGACAGAUUUCCACCGGUCUAAUGUCCAUUGCUCGUGUUUCUUGGCCCAAGCAAGUGUCUUAUUAUUAUUGGUGUCCGUUAGUAGUGGUUUCUUUGCAGCAAUUAGACCAUGAAGGCCUGAUUCACGCAGUCUCCUCUGAACAGUUGAUGUUGAGAUGUAUCUGUUACUUGAGCUCUGUGAAGCAUUUAUUUGGGCUGCAGUCUGAGGUGCAAUUAACUCUAAUGAACUUAUCCUCUGCAGCAGAGGUAACUCUGGGUCUUCCUUUCCUGUGGCGGUCCUCACGAGAGCCAGUUUUAUCGUAGCGCUUUAUGGUUUUUGCGACUGCACUUGAAGAAACUUUCAAAGUUCUUGAAAUGUUCCGUAUUGAUUGACCUUCAUGUGUUAAAGUAAUGAUGGACUGUUGUUUCUGUUUGCUUAUUUGAGCUGUUCUUGCCAUAAUAUGGACUUGGUCUUUUACCAAAUAGGGCUAUCUUCUGUAUACCACCCCUACCUUGUCACAACACAACUGAUUGGCUCAAACGCAUUAAGAAGGAAAGAAAUUCCACAAAUUAACUUUUAACAAGGCACACCUAUUAAUUGAAAUGCAUUCCAGGUGACUACCUCAUGAAGCUGGUUGAGAGAAUGCCAAGAAUGUCCAAAGCUGUCAUCAAUUCGAAGGGUGGCUACUUGGAAGAAUCUCAAAUAAAAAAUAUAUAUAUUUUGAUUUGUUUAACACUUUUUUGGUUACUACAUGAUUCCAUAUGUGUUAUUUAAUAGUUUUGAUGUCUUCACUAUUAUUCAACAAUGUAGAAAAUAGUAAAAAUAAAUAAAAACCCUGGAAUGAGUAGGUCGAAGGUUCUUAUCCAGAGCGACUUACAGUUAGUUAGUGCAUACAUUUUUCUUUUUUAAAAGUUAUUUUUUUUGUAAUUUAGCAGACGCUCUUAUCCAGAGCAACUGACAGGAGCAAUUAGGGUUAAGUGCCUUGCUUAAGGGCACAUCAACAGAUUUUUCACCUAGUCGGCUCGGGGAUUAGAACCAGCGACCUUUCGGUUACCCACUAAGCUACCUGCCACUCAUGUAAUGUGUGUGUGUGCAUCUAUCAGUUACACAUACAUGUCAGUACAUACACACAACAAGUAGGUCACAUGGAGGAGAGGCGUUGUGCCGUGAGGUGUUGCUUGACUUAUUUUUUUACCAGGUUUGCUCUUCACUUGCGCUAUAUAAGAUGGAAGGGAGUUCCAUGCACUCAUGAUAAUACUAUUUAGCUCACAACUUACAUUUACAUUUACAUAAUUUAGCAGACGCUCUUAUCCAGAGCGACUUACAAAUUGGUGCAUUCAACCUAUGAUAGCCAGUGGGACAACCACCUUUUUUUAUUUUUUAUUUUAUUUUUAUUUUUAUAUAUAUACAGUGGGGAGAACAAGUAUUUGAUACACUGCCGAUUUUGCAGGUUUUCCUACUUACAAAGCAUGUAGAGGUCUGUAAUUUUUAUAAUAGGUACACUUCAACUGUGAGAGGCGGAAUCUAAAACAAAAAUCCAGAAAAUCACAUUGUAUGAUUUUUAAGUAAUUCAUUUGCAUUUUAUUGCAUGACAUAAGUAUUUGAUCACCUACCAACCAGUAAGAAUUCCGUCUCUCACAGACCUGUUAGUUUUUCUUUAAGAAGCCCUCCUGUUCUCCACUCAUUACCUGUAUUAACUGCACCUGUUUGAACUCGUUACCUGUAUAAAAGACACCUGUCCACACACUCAAUCAAACAGACUCCAACCUCUCCACAAUGGCUAAGACCAGAGAGCUGUGUAAGGACAUCAGGGCUAAAAUUGUAGACCUGCACAAGGCUGGGAUGGGCUACAGGACAAUAGGCAAGCAGCUUGGUGAGAAGGCAACAACUGUUGGCACAAUUAUUAGAAAAUGGAAGAAGUUCAAGAUGACGGUCAAUCAGGGGAGGCGAGAUCUUGGCCAACAACCUCCUUCCCUCAGUAAGAGCAUUGAAGAUGGGUCGUGGCUGGGUCUUCCAGCAUGACAACGACCCGAAACACACAGCCAGGGCAACUAAGGAGUGGCUCCGUAAGAAGCAUCUCAAGGUGCUAGCCAGUCUCCAGACCUGAACCCAAUAGAACAUCUUUGGAGGGAGCUGAAAGUCCGUAUUGCCCAGCGACAGCCCCGAAACCUGAAGGAUCUGGAGAAGGGCUGUAUGGAGGAGUGGGCCAAAAUCCCUGCUGCAGUGUGUGCAAACCUGGUCAAGACCUACAGGAAACGUAUGAUCUCUGUAAUUGCAAACAAAGGUUUCUGUACCAAAUAUUAAGUUCUGCUUUUCUGAUGUAUCAAAUACUUAUGUCAUGCAAUAAAAUGCAAAUUAAUUACUUAAAAAUCAUACAAUGUGAUUUUCUGUAUUUUUGUUUUAGAUUCCGUCUCUCACAGUUGAAGUGUACCUAUGAUAAAAAUUACAGACCUCUACAUGCUUUGUAAGUAGGAAAACCUGCAAAAUCGGCAGUGUAUCAAAUACUUUUUCUCCCCACUGUAUAUAUAUAUUUUUUAAUGGGGGGUGGGGGAAGAAGGAUUACUUUAUACUAUUCCAGGUAUUCCUUAAAGAGGUAGGGUUUCAAGUGUUUCCGGAAGGUGGUCAGUGACUCCGCUGUCCUGGCGUCGUGGGGGAGCUUGUUCCACCAUUGGGGUGCCAGAGCAGUGAAUAGCUUUGACUGGGCUGAGCGGGAACUGUGCUUCCGUAGAGGUAGGGGAGCUAGCAGGCCAGAGGUGGAUGAACGUAGUACCCUCGUUUGGGUGUAGGGUCUGAUCAGAGCCUGAAGGUAAGGAGGUGCCGUUCCCCUCACAGCUCCGUAGGCAAGCACCAUGGUCUUGUAGUAGAUGUGAGCCUCAACUGGAAGCCAGUGGAGUGUGCGGAGUAGCGGGGUGACAUGAGAGAACUUGGGAAGGUUGAACACCAGAUGGGCUGCAGCGUUCUGGAUAAGUUGUAGGGGUUUAAUGGCACAGGCAGGGAGCCCAGCCAACAGCGAGUUGCAGUAAUCCAGACAGGAGAUGACAAGUGCCUGGAUUAGGACCUGUGGCGCUUUCUGUGUAAGGUAGGGUCGUACUCUGCAAAUGUUGUAGAGCAUGAACCUGCAGGAUCGGGUCACCGCUUUGAUGUUAGCGGAGAACGACAGGGUGUUGUCCAGGGUCACGCCAAGGUUCUUUGCACUCUGGGAGGAGGACACAAUGGAGUUGUCAACCGUGAUGGCGAGAUCAUUGAGCGGGCAGUCCUUCCCCGGGAGGAAGAGCAGCUCCGUCUUGCCGAGGUUCAGCUUGAGGUGGUGAUCCGACAUCCACACUGAUAUGUCUGCCAGACAUGCAGAGAUGCAAUUUGCCACCUGGUUAUCAGAAGGGGGAAUGGAGAAAAUUAAUUGUGUGUUGUCUGCGUAGCAAUGAUAUGAGAGACCAUGUGAGGAUAUGACAGAGCCAAGUGACUUGGUGUAUAUAGGAGAGGGCCUAGAACUGAGCCCUGGGGGACACCAGUGGUGAGAGCACGCGGUGCGGAGACAGAUUCUCGCCACGCCACCUGGUUGGACCGACCUGUCAGGUAGGACGCAAUCCAAGAGUGAGCAGCGCCGGAGAUGCCCAACUCGGAGAGGGUGGAGAGGAGGAUCUGAUGGUUCACAGUAUCAAAGGCAGCGGAUAGGUCUAGAAGGAUAAGAGCAGAGGAGAGAGAGUUAGCUUUAGCGGUGCGGAGAGCCUCCGUGACACAGAGAAGAGCAGUCUCAGUUGAAUGACCAGUCUUGAAACCUGACUGGUUUGGAUCAAGAAGGUAAUUCUGAGAGAGAUAGCAGGAGAGUUGGCUAGAGACGGCAUGCUCAAGAGUUUUGGAGAGAAAAGAAAGAAGGGAUACUGGUCUGUAGUUGUUGACAUUGGAGGGAUCGAGUGUAGGUUUUUUGAGGAGGGGUGCAACUCUCACUCUCUUGAAGACGGAAGGGACAUGGCCAGCGGUCAAGGAUGAGUUGAUGAGCGAGGUGAUGUCGAUCGGAUGUCGUCAACCUUCUUUUCAAAAUGGUUGACGAAGUCAUCCACAGAGAGGGAGGAGGGAGGGGGAGGAGGAGGAGGAUUCAGCAGGGAGGAGAGGGUGGCAAAGAGCUUCCUAGGGUUAGAGGCAGAGGCUUGACAUUUAGAGUGGUAGAAAGUGGCUUUAGCAGCGGAAACAGAGGAAGAGAAUGUAGAGAGGAGGGAGUGAAAAGAUGACAGGUCCGCAGGGAGUCGUCAAGCCACGGAGCAGGAGGGGAGGACCGAGCCGGCCGGGAGGAUAGGGGACAUAGAGAGUCAAAAGAUGCAGAAAGGGAGGAGAGGAGGGUUGAGGAGGCAGAAUCAGGAGAUCGGAGGGAGAAGGAUUUAGCAGAGGGAAGAGAUGAUAGGAUGGAAGAGGAGAGAGUAGUGGGAGAGAGAGAGCAAAGGUUGUGACGGCACAUUACCAUCUGAGUAGGGGCAGAGUGAGUAGUGUUGGAGGAGAGCGAGAGAGAAAAUGACGUAGGGAGGUUAAAGUCACCCAGAACUGUGAGGGAACUUAUCAAGGCGUCAAGCUCAUUGAUGAACUCUCCAAGGGAACCUGGAGGGCGAUAAAUGACAAGGAUGUUAAGCUUGAAUGGGCUAGUGACUGUGACAGCAUGGAAUUCAAAUGAGGAGAUAGACAGAUGGGUCAGGGGAAAAAGAGAGAAUGUCCACUUGGGAGAGAUGAGGAUUCAUGUGCCACCGCCGUGCUGACCAGAUGCUCUCGGGGUAUGCGAGAACACAUGGUCAGACAUGGAAAGAGCAGUAGGAGUAGCAGUGUUUUCUGUGGUAAUCCAUGUUUCCGUCAGCCCCAAGAAGUCGAGGGACUGGAGGGUAGUAUAGGCUGAGAUGAACUCUGCCUUGUUGGCCGCAGAACGGCAGUUCUAGAGGCUGCCGGAGACCUGGAACUCCACGUGGGUCGUGCGCGCAGGGACCACCAGAUUAGAGUGGCAGCAGCCACGCGGUGUGAAGCGUUUGUAUGGCCUGUGCAGAGAGGAGAGAACAGGGAUAGACAGACACAUAGUUGACAGGCUACAGAAAAAGGCUACAAUAAUGCAAAGGAGAUCAGAAUGAAAUGAACUAAAUAUCUGGGAAAUCGAGAGAGCGGGGCCUCCCUCACUUACGUUUCACUGAAACACUCAAAUAUACUCUCCCAACUUCCACUUUAGAAAUUAUAAUUGUUGUAAACUACAGCGUUUCAAUGUUUUCUAGGAGUAGACUCUAACUUAGUUUAUUCAGCUAGCUAACUUGGUACAGUAUUCUUCUGUGAAAACCGUCCAGGGCACUGAAUCCUAUGACGCCAUAGCCAACUAGCAUGCCAGCCUCCAAUAACACGGUUUAGCACCAAUACUCAGUUACAACAAACCACCAGUGUGUUAACACGCCAAACAGAUCAUUCGUGUCCGUGUCGAACGUUGUGUAACGUUUUGGGUUAGUUUUGACAGUUUGAGUGAGUAUGUCGUCAACUUAUUCAGCCAAUUAGUUAGCUAGAAUAGUUAGCAUACUAGCUAGCCAUUGCUCUCUGCCAACGAACCAACCCCUCCUUCCACGGCACAAACACACAGAGAGAGCCAAGCUAACGUUAACUAGUCACCCAUGUCCCGAAUUCCCUUGAACGUCUCUGGUUACCAGUAUGUAAAAACAAAACAAAAAUAAAUGUAGGUUAUAACUUACCCUUAGUAGCUACUGUUAGCCAGUUUAGUGCAAAGCUAGCCACUGAAUCGAUUCAGCCAGUUCGCGUCUGUCCCAACGGAGAGAAAGCGGCUCCAAAUAUUACAGCUAGGUCGUUCCAGCUAUUGUCUAGUUAGCUAUCCAGGUACCAACAAGCUAGCUACAUUUUGAGUACAGUAGCUACUAACUACCUAACAUUAACGCUGAGGUUAGAAAAACAGCUGAAUGGUAGGUAGCUAGCUGGCAUAAUUACAGGUACUCUUAAGCGUGAAAUAACAUUGGAAACAACUAUCCACAGUUGCUAAUAGUUGCCAGUAGCUACCCGCUAACUAGCUAGCUUUAUUGGUCCAGGUAGUGGGUUAGCUAGCCUUGUGCUUCACCGGGCUCAGCCGAAUACAAUACUUACCUACAAUAAUAAUAAUAAUAAUAUGCCAUUUAGCAGACGCUUUUAUCCAAAGCGACUUACAGUCAUGCGUGCAUACAUCUUUUGUGUAUGGGCUAGUGACUGUGACAGCAUGGAAUUCAAAUGAGGAGAUAGACAGAUGGGUCAGGGGAAAAAGAGAGAAUGUCCACUUGGGAGAGAUGAGGAUUCCUGUGCCACCGCCGUGCUGACCAGAUGCUCUCGGGGUAUGCGAGAACACAAGGUCAGACAAGGAAAGCAGUGUUUUCUGUGGUAAUCCAUGUUUCCGUCAGCGCCAAGAAGUCGAGGGACUGGAGGGUAGUAUAGGCUGAGAUGAGCUACAAUAACCUACAAUAACUACCUAGAUAAACGACCUACAAUACCUAACUACAAUAACUACCAACAAUCUAAAUACAUGGUUUAAGCUUUACUCGACACCAUAUAAGAAGCCAAGCUUACCUCCCGCUAGAGAAACACAACCUCACCCGACUAGUAUCCACCGCAACUUCAUACGAGAGUUAGUUCUGACACACCCUGUUGUGUGUGUGUGUGCGUGUGUGUGCAUGCCUGCCUGUGUGUGUGUGUGUGUGUGUGUGUGUGCGUGUGUGCAUUCGCGUGCAUCUCCCCUCAACAGAUUGACCAGCUGAAGCAGGAGCUGUCUAAGAAGGAGUCUGAGCUGCUGGCCCUGCAGACCAAGCUGGAGACCCUGAACAACCAGAACUCGGACUGCAAACAGCACAUAGAGGUGCUCAAAGAGUCCCUCACUGCCAAGGAGCAGCGCGCUGCCAUUCUGCAGACAGAGGUAGCUACAGCACACACACACACACAACACACACGCAUCCUUGCACACAUGCAUAUAUGAACACACACAUGCACACACAUACAGUAACACACACACAUUCCUGCACACAUGCAUACAAACACACACACAUGCCCGCACACACUCACAUACAGUAUGCAUAACGAACACGCCUAUAUGCUUACAGUAAGAUACACCCUCGGAUGUGCACAGAAUCUCCUUAUGUUCAUUGAUACACUAAAGUUGUAUUUUGGUCCUCGUACACUGUUUCUAAGGAAACAUUAUAUCACCCUUUCCCUGUACUCUGCUUCAUACACUUACAUAUCCCCUCCCCUCUUGCUUUCUACCCUUUAGUAGAGCAUGAACCUUGUAUUGUAAAUGCCAAGUAUCUCAGAGAGAACUCUCGUUCUUCAAUUUGACAAUAAUAAUAAGUUGAACUUUGAACCGUGCCCUUCAGGGUUUAUGCCGGAUCACUGUAAAAGCACUUUGUGUCAACUGCUGAUGUAAAAAGGGCUUUAUAAAACACAUUUGAUGGAAUCUGACCUCUGAACUGUGACAUUUGACCUAUGACCACUCUCCUCCCAGGUGGACGCCCUGCGCUUGCGUCUGGAGGAGAAGGAGUCCUUCCUGAACAAGAAGACCAAGCAGCUGCAGGACCUGACAGAAGAGAAGGGCACACUAGCUGGAGAGAUUCGUGACAUGAAGGACAUGCUGGAGGUCAAGGAGAGGAAGAUCAACGUCCUGCAGAAGAAGGUUAGGGGUCAAGGGUUAAGGGUCAGGGGUUAAGUGUCAAGGAUGUAUUUAGGUAGAAAGUAGUUAAGGGUAGCCUGGGCAUGGUCACAAGUUUGUUUAAUAAAUGGAUAAAAAAAUAAUCUCUGACCAACAUAGUGUUCUCCUACCAUUGCUUACAGGACUAUAGAUGUCACAGCCUAGCUCUGCUGUUCCUCGCUAAAAGCUUUUAGGCAUAACAUAUUUGGUAGUAGAAAUACUGGUAAUGGAUGCUGACUCGGGGGCCUCAGCGACUCGCCUAAGAGCAAAUCUGAGGGAAACACUGCAAAAAGUGAUACAUUUGAGACUUAGGUUUACAAUUAAGCUCUCCCCUGGAUUGAGUUCAUUAGAAUUGUUACAUACUGUAGAACCUAGAUGAGAGCUCACUGUGUAUGGGUGUAGGUUAAGUUGUUUGGAUGUUUGGUUGGAUCCCUGUCUUAUCCCUGAGACCCGGGCUGCUUCCCAAAUGGCAUCCUAUUCACAAUAUAUUGCACUACUUUUGACUAGAGCUCUUUGGGCCCUAGUCAGAAGUAUUGCACUACAUAGGGAAUAUGGUGUCAUUUGGGAUGCACACCUGAGCUGGUUGGUCUCUGAGGAUACGAAGCAUGCAUGUAUGCACAACCACACACACACACACACAACACACACACACACACACACACACACACACACACACACACACACACACACACACACACACACACACACACACUUCCUCUAGUGUGUGCAAUAAAUAUACAGUGUGUUACUCUCUCUCACCUUGACCUCACUUUCUCUUUCUCUUCUCUCUCUAUCUUGCUCUCUCUCUCUCUCCCCCUCUCUCCCUCCCUCUCUCUCUCUCUCUCUCUCUCUCGCUCUCUCUUUCUCUCUCCAUCUCUCUAUCUCUCUUCACUUUAUAUUUCUCUCCGUCUCUUCUUCUGAUGUGUCUCAACUCUGUCAGUGCACUGUGUCUCUCUUUGUCUAAUUUUAUUUUUGGUCUGUUUCUUUCUCAGAUAUCCCUCUUUCUCUUUCUUUCUCUCUGGCUAGACUAUCUUGUAUUAUUUCUUACUAUCUUUGAGAGACAUCUAACUUUCUAUCUGGUUGUCUUGCUCAACAACAAUGAGCUCAUAACAUCCUUCCAUAUGUUUCUCUGUAACCUUUUUAGUCCCAUGUGAAAACAGAGACCACAUAUAGCCAUUUACGUGGAAACACACUACUCUCUCUCCUCUCCUCUCCCUCUCCUCACUUCUCUCGCUCUUCCCCUCUCUCUAUCUCUCUCUAUCUCUCUCUCUCUCUCUCUCUCUCUCUCUCUCUCUCUCUCUCUCUCUCUCUCUCUCCUCUCUCUCUCUCUCUCUCUCUCUCUCUCUCUUCUCUCUCUCUCUCUCUCUCUCUCUCGUCUCUCUCUGUCUCUCCCUCUCUGCUUCUCUCUCUCAUCCUCUCUCCUCUCUCAUCUCUCUCUCUCCUCUCUCUCUCUCUCUCUCUCUCUCUUCUCCCUCAAAUACCAGCCAAUCUAAAAAAGCUUUAAAUUGAUGAGAUUUGGGAAAAUAAAAUAAUAAAGGCUUCCUCUUCCAGGUUUAAAAAGCCCAACACAGUCACAGACUGCAUCCCAAAUAGCAGCCUAUUCCCUACACUGAGCACUUGUUGGCUGCUUUUCCUUCACUCUGCGGUCCGACUCAUCCCAAAUCAUCUCAACUGGGUUGAGGUCGGGGGAUUGUGGAGGCCAGGUCAUCUGAUGCAGCACUCCAUCACUCUCCUUCUUGGUAAAAUAGCCCUUACACAGCCUGGAGGUGUGUUGGGUCAUUGUCCUGUUGAAAAACAAAUGAUAGUCCCACCAAGCCCAAACCAGAUGGGAUGGUUUAUCGCUGCAGAAUGCUGUGGUAACCAUGCUGGUUAAGUGUGAAUUCUAAAUAAAUCACAGACAGUGUCACCAGCAAAGCACCCCCACACCAUAACACUUCCUCUUCCAUGCUUUACGGUGGAAAAUACACACGCGGAGAUCAUCCGUUCACCCACAACGCAUCUCACAAAGACACGGCGGUUGGAACCAAAAAUCUCAAAUUUGGACUCCAGACCAAAGGACAAAUUUCCACCGGUCUAAUUCUUAUUGGUGUCCUUUAGUAGUGGUUUCUUAGCAGCAAUUUGACCAUGAAGGCCUGAUUCACACAGUCCCCUCUGAACAGAUGAUGUUGAGAUGUGUGUGUUACUUGAACUCUGUGAAGCAUUUAUUUGGGCUGCAAUUUCUGAGGCUGGUAACUCCAAUGAACUUAUCCUCUGCAGCAGAGGUAACUCUGGGUCUUCCAUUCCUGUGGCAGUCCUCAUGAGAGCCAGUUUCAUCAUAGCGCUUGAUGGUUUUUUGCGACUGCACUUGAAGAAACUUUCAAAGUUCUUGAAAUGUUCCGUAUUGACUGACCUUCAUGUCUUAAAGUAAUGAUGGACUGUCAUUUCUCUUUGCUUAUUUGAGCUGUUCUUGCCAUAAUAUGGACUUGGUCUUUUACCAAAUAGGGCUAUCUUCUGUAUACCCCCCCCUACAUUGUCACAACACAACUGAUUGUCUCAAACGCAUUAAGAAGGAAAGAAAUUCCACAAAUUAACUUUUAAGAAGGCACACCUGUUAAUUGAAAUACAUUCCAGGUGACUACCUCAUGAAGCUGGUUGAGAGAAUGCCAAGAGUGUGCAAAGCUGUCAUCAAGGCAAAGGGUGGCUAUUUGAAGAAUCUCAAAUAUAAAAUAUAUUUUGAUUUGUUUAACACUUUUUUGGUUACUACAUGAUUCCAUAUGUGUUAUUUCAUAGUUUUGAUGUCUUCACUAUUAUUCUACAAUGUAGAAAAUAGUAAAAAUAAAGAAAAACCCUUGAAUGAGAAGGUGUGUGCAAACUUUUGACUGGUACUGUAUGUAGUGCACUACUUUUGACCAGAGACCUCUGGAAGUAGACACAAUUACCCUGCAAACAUUACUCACACUAACUCCUAACUCACACUCCUAACUUUUAAUGCAGUUUCUCUAUGUACAGUUCUUUUGACCUCAUGCUAAUUCCCUCUAGCUCUCUAUACCUACCUCUCUGUUCUGUUCUCUCUCUGUGUUAGGAGUGUGCUGUGGUUAAAUUGUUUUAGCUGACUGAUAUGUAACUAUCCCGCUCCUCAAUCCCCCUAUAUCUGUCUAUCGUAGGAACUGUCUGGGGAGGGAUUGGAUUCUUCUUUAUUAUCUGUUCUUUAGGGUGCUUUCGUUCUUGUCUUGAUCUUUCUUUUUCUUUUUGUUCUUUCUUAUUUCUUCGUUCUGUCUUCCUUCUUCCUUCCUUCCCUCCAUCUCUUUUUCCUCCCUCCCUCCUCCUCUCCCCCAGAUUGAGAAUCUGCAGGAGCAGCUGCGUGAUAAGGACAAGCAGCUGGGGAACCUGAAGGACAGGGUGAAGUCUCUACAGACUGACUCCAGUAACACUGACACGGCCCUGGCCACCCUGGAGGAGGCACUCUCUGAAAAGGUACAGAAGGACCCAGAGCUUUAUACCCGGUGAACUUAGAACCAGGGCCCAAACAAUGAACUUUAAACUAAUGUCCAUGUGUGUGUCUCUCUCAGGAGCGUAUUAUAGAGAGACUGAAGGAGCAGAGAGCGAGGGAGGACAACGAGAGGAUGGAUGAGGUGGAGUCCUAUAAGAAGGAGAACAAGGACCUCAAGGAGAAGGUCAACACCCUGCAGCUGGAAUUAACAGAGAAGGAGGUCAGUGUAAGAUAAGAUAAGAUAAUGACUUUAUUAUCAUUUUACAUUUACAUUUUAGUCAUUUAGCAGACGCUCUUAUCCAGAGCGACUUACAGGAGCAAUUAGGGUUAAGUGCCUUGCUCAAGGGCACAUUUACGUCAUUUAGCAGACGCUCUUAUCCAGAGCGAAUCACCAAUUGGUGCGUUCACCCUAUAGCCAGUGGGAUAACCACUUUACAAUUUUUUUGGGGGGGGGUAGAAGGAUUACUUUAUCCUAUCCCAGGUAUUCCUUAAAGAGGUGGGGUUUCAAAUGCCUCCGGAAGGUGGUGAGUGACUCCGCUGUCCUGGCGUCGUGAGGGAGCUUGUUCCACCAUUGGGGUGCCAGAGCAGCGAACAGUUUUGACUGGGCUGAGCGGGAACUAUGCUUCCGCAGAGGAAGGGGAGCCAGCAGGCCAGAGGUGGAUGAACGCAAUGCCCUCGUUUGGGUGUAGGGACUGAUCAGAGCCCGAAGGUACAGAGGUGCCGUUCCCCUCACUGCUCCAUAGGCAAGCACCAUGGUCUUGUAGCGGAUGCGAGCUUCAACUGGAAGCCAGUGGAGUGUGCGGAGGAGGGGGGUGACGUGAGAGAACUUGGGAAGGUUGAACACCAGACGGGCUGCGGCAUUCUGGAUGAGUUGUAGGGGUUUAAUGGCACAGGCAGGGAGGCCAGCCAACAGCGAGUUGCAGUAGUCCAGACGGGAGAUGACAAGUGCCUGGAUUAGGACCUGUGCCGCUUCCUGUGUAAGGCAGGGUCGUACUCUCCGAAUGUUGUAGAGCAUGAACCUGCAGGAGCGGGUCACCGCCUUGAUGUUGGCGGAGAACGACAGGGUGUUGUCCAGGGUCACGCCUAGGCUCUUCGCACUCUGGGAGGAGGACACAGCGGAGUUGUCAACCGUGAUGGCGAGAUCAUGGAACGGGCAGUCCUUCCCCGGGAGGAAGAGCAGCUCCGUCUUGCCAGGGUUCAGCUUGAGGUGGUGAUCCGUCAUCCAUACUGAUAUGUCUGCCAGACAUGCAGAGAUGCGAUUCGCCACCUGGUUAUCAGAAGGGGGAAAGGAGAAGAUUAGUUGUGUAUCGUCAGCGUAGCAAUGAUAGGAGAGGCCAUGUGAGGAUAUGACAGAGCCAAGUGACUUGGUGUAUAGGGAGAAAAGGAGAGGGCCUAGAACUGAGCCCUGGGGGACACCAGUGGUGAGAGCACGUGGUGCGGAGACAGCUUCUCGCCACGCCACUUGGUAGGAGCGACCGGUCAGGUAGGACGCAAUCCAGGAGUGAGCCGCGCCGGAGAUGCCCAGCUCGGAGAGGGUGGAGAGGAGGAUCUGAUGGUUCACAGUAUCAAAGGCAGCAGACAGGUCUAGAAGGACAAGAGCAGAGGAGAGAGAGUUAGCUUUAGCAGUGCGGAGAGCCUCCGUGACACAGAGAAGAGCAGUCUCAGUUGAAUGACCAGUCCUGAAACCUGACUGGUUUGGAUCAAGAAGGUCAUUCUGAGAGAGAUAGCAAGAGAGUUGGCUAAAGACGGCACGCUCAAUAGUUUUGGAAAGAAAAGAAAGAAGGGAUACUGGUCUGUAGUUGUUGACAUCAGUGGGAUCGAGUGUUGGUUUCUUGAGAAGGGGAGCAACUCUCGCUCUCUUGAAGACGGAAGGGACAUGGCCAGCGGUCAAGGAUGAGUUGAUCAGCGAGGUGAGGUAGGGGAGAAGGUCACCGGAGAUGGUCUGGAGAAGAGAGGAGGGGAUGGGGUCAAGCGGGCAGGUUGUUGGGCGGCCUGCAGUCACAAGUCGCAGGAUUUUAUCUGGAGAGAGAGGGGAGAAAGAAGUCAAAGCAUAGGGUAGGGCAGUGUGAGUAGGACCAGCAGUGUCAUUAGACUUAACAAACGAGGAUCGAAUGUCGUCAACCUUCUUUUCAAAGUGGUUGACGAAGUCAUCCACAGAGAGAGAGGAGGGGGGGGCGGGGGGGGGGGAGGAUUCAGGAGGGAGGAAAAUGUGGCAAAGAGCUUCCUAGGGUUAGAGGCAGAUGCUUGGAAUUUAGAGUGGUAGAAAGUGGCCUUAGCAGCAGAAACAGAUGAAGAAAAUGUAGAGAGGAGGGAGUGAAAAGAUGCCAGGUCGGCAGGGAGUUUAGUUUUCUUCCAUUUCCGCUCCGCUGCCCGGAGCUCUGUUCUGUGAGCUCGCAAUGAGUCAUCAAGCCACGGAGCUGGAGGGGAGGACCGAGCCGGCCGGGAGGAUAGGGGACACAGAGAGUCAAAGGAUGCAGAAAGGGAGGAGAGGAGGGUUGAGGAGGCAGAAUCAGGAGAUUGGAGGGAGAAGGAUUGAGCAGAGGGAAGAGAUGAUAGGAUGGAAGAGGAGAGAGUAGUGGGAGAGAGAGAGCGAAGGUUGCGGCGGCGCAUUACCAUCUGUGUAGGGGCAGAGUGAGUAGUGUGGGAGGAGAGCGAGAGAGAAAAGGAAACAAAGUAGUGGUCGGAGACAUGGAGGGGAGUUGCAGUGAGAUUAGUAGAAGAGCAGCAUCUAGUAAAGAUGAGGUCAAGCGUAUUGCCUGCCUUGUGAGUAGGGGGGGACGGUGAGAGGGUGAGGUCAAAAGAGGAGAGAAGUGGAAAGAAGGAGGCAGAGAGAAAUGAGUCAAAUGUGGACAUAGGGAGGUUGAAAUCCCCCAAAACUGUGAGGGGUGAGCCAUCCUCAGGAAAGGAACUUAUCAAGGCGUCAAGCUCAUUGAUGAACUCUCCAAGGGAACCUGGAGGGCGAUAGAUGACAAGGAUAUUAAGCUUAAAUGGGCUAGUGACUGUGACAGCAUGGAAUUCAAAUGAGGAGAUAGACAGAUGGGUUAGGGGAAAAAUUGAGAAUGUCCACUUGGGAGAGAUGAGGAUUCCUGUGCCACCACCCCUCUGACCAGAUGCUCUCGGGGUAUGCGAGAACACAUGGUCAGAUGAGGAGAGAGCAGUAGGAGUAGCAGUGUUUUCAGUGGUAAUCCAUGUUUCCGUCAGCGCCAGGAAGUCGAGGGACUGGAGAUUAGCAGAGGCUGGGAUGAAGUCAGCUUUGUUGGCAGCAGAACGGCAGUUCCAGAGGCUGCCUGAGACCUGGAACUCCAGGUGUUGUGCGUGCAGGGACAACCAGGUUAGAGAGGCAGCAGCCACGCGGUGUGGGGCGUUUGUGUAGCCUGUGCGGAGAGGAGAGAACAGGGAUAGGCAGAGGCAUAGUUGACAGGCUGCAACAGAUGGCUACAAUAAUGCAGAGGAGAUCGGGAUGAAAUGAACUGAACAUCAGGGAAAGGAGAGAGCAGGCCUCCCUCACCAAAAAAUAAAUAAAUAUAUAACUCUCCCAACUUCCACCUCAGAAACUAUAGUUGUUUCACUGAACCACCCGAAUAAAACUCUCCCAACUUCCACUUUAGAAAUUAGAGUUGUUGUAAGCUACAGCAGACUGUUAUCAGUAGCUGUAAUUAAGUACAGCAGCUACCAACCACCUAACGUUAAUGCCUCGGAUGAGGUUAGAAAAACAGCUGAAUGGUAGCAGCUAGCUGGCUCAAUCACAGGUACUCUCAAGCAUGAAAUAACAUUGGAAACAGCUAACCACAGUUGCUAAAAGUUACCCACAGUUGCUAAAAGUUACCGGUAGCUACCCUCUAGCUAGCUAGCUUUGUUGGUCCAGGUAGUGGGUAAGCUAGCCUCGUGCUUCGCCUGGGCUCCGCCGAAUAAAAUCCUUACCUACAAUAAUUACCUACAAUAAUAACCUACAAUAACUACCGGAGUAAGCUACCUAUAAUACCAAACUACAAUACCUACCUACAAUCUAAAUACAUGGUUUAAGCUUAACUCAACACCAUAUAAGAAGCCAAGCUUACCUUUCAUAACGCAGCAAUGAUUAAACGUUGGGUAGCUAGCACAAAGACAUUGUAUUUAGUUACCACAGCCUGCUGGUAGUGUUGGCUAGCUAGCAAUGGCUACUGUGUUGACUUUGUUUGAAAAACGGCGUCGCUGUGAGCGAAUGUAGCUGGCUAAAAGGAUAUUGUUUUUAGUUGCUACCGUUGCUAAUAGCUACUCGCCAGCUAAUCCAGGAGGUGAGUUAGCUAGCUAGCUUCGUGCUACAUCCGGCACCGCCGAAUACAAAAGUAACCUACAAUAAUUACACACAACAGCUACCCGCAACAGCCCACGAUGCCUACCUAUACUACUUAAUAAUAUACAGCCCACGAUGCCUACCUAUAGUACCUAACUACAAUCUAAAUACAUAGUUUAAGCCUUAGUCGACAAAGCCCAAGCUAUGUAUAAAGCCAAACUGGCAGACUGCAAUCAGUAGCCGAAAUUAGGUACAGCAGCUACCGACCACCUAACGUUAAUGAUAAUGAGGUUAGAAAAAACAGCUGAAGGUGGCAGCUAGCUGGCUCAAUUACAGGUACUCUUAAGCGUGAAAUAACAUUGGAAACAGCUAACCACAGUUGCUAAAAGUUACCCACAGUUGCUAAAAGUUACCGGUAGCUACCCUCUAGCUAGCUAGCUUUGUUGGUCCAGGUAGUGGGUAAGCUAGCCUCGUGCUUCGCCUGGGCUCCGCCGAAUAAAAUCCUUACCUACAAUAAUUACCUACAAUAAUAACCUACAAUAACUACCGGAGUAAGCUACCUAUAAUACCAAACUACAAUACCUACCUACAAACUAAAUACAUGGUUUAAGCUUAACUCAACACCAUAAACGAAGCCAAGCUUACCUCUCCUUCUUACCUCUCCUUCUACAGAUAGACAACAAUUAUCCCCAUGGGGACAUUUUUGUUGCGGCUCUGUGCAUACAUAAAAACACAAAGACAUUUCAAAUACAUGGGAUGCUGCUCCCUCUGGCAGUGUGACCCAGUUUGGCCUGUUCUGUUAUUAUUCUACUGUGCUGUGCCUCCUUGUGUGAUCCUGACUGUCCGUGCUGUCCCUGUUUGUCCCCCUGUAGUCCAGUCUCAUUGACCUAAAGGAGCACGCCUCCUCCCUGGCCUCCUCCAGCCUGAAGAAGGAGUCCAAGCUCAAGUCUCUGGAGAUGGCCAUCGAGCAGAAGAAAGAGGAGUGUAGUAAGUUGGAGACACAGUUACAGAAGGUAGGUCUCCUAGCACUGCGUCAGUUAAAAGUGUUAAUGGAAGUGGGGCUUACAUGGCUGGGAUUCAAAGAUGCACUGUAAAUAAUUACUUUGGAUCAACCUAAAAAGUAAAAAAAAGAACUGAUUACAAGUACAUUACAUUUGUUGAAACCAAAUUUAUGAUUCAAUACCAACUGUUAUAUUUGAUUAUUAACAAACAUAUAUUUCAAGUUGGAACCUAUUUCUUUCAACACUCAACUUACUUUUCCCCUUUGGUUAAACUUAAAAAUAACAUAAAUACAAACUAAUAUAAAGUGCAUUCAGAAAGUAUUCAGGCCCCUUGACUUUUUCCACAUUUUGUUAUGUUACAGCCUUAUUCUAAAAUUGAUUAAAUAGUUUUUUCCCCUCAUCAAUCUACACACAAUACCCCAUAAUUAUAAAGCAAAAACUGGUUUUUAGAAAUGUUUGCAAAUGUAUUAAAAAAAUAAAAACUUAAAUAUCACAUUUACAUAAGUAUUCAGACCCUUUACUCAUUACUUGGUUAAAGCACCUUUGGCAGUGAUUACAGUCUUCUUGGGUAUGACGCUACAAGCUUGGCACACCUGUGUUUGGGGAGUUUCUCCCAUUCUUCUCUGCAGAUCCUCUCAAGCAAUGUCAGGUUGGAUGGGGAGCAUCACUGCACAGCUAUCUUCAGGUCUCUCUGGAGAUGUUCGAUCGGGUUCAAGUCCGGGCUCUGGCUGGGCCACUCAAGGACAUUCAGAGACUUGUCCCGAAGCCACUCCUGCAUUGUCUUGGCUGUGUGCUUAGGGUCGUUGUCCUGUUGGAAGAUGAACCUUCGCCCCAGUCUGAGGUCUUGGAGCAGGUUUUCAUGAAGGAUCUCUCUGUACUUUGCUCCGUACAUCUUUCCCUCAAUCCUGACUAGUCUCCCAGUCUCUGCCGCUGAAAAACAUCCCCACAGCAUGAUGCUGCCACCACCAUGCUUCACCGUAGGGAUGAUGCCAGGUUUCCUCCAGACGUGACGCUUGGCAUUCAAACCAAAGAGUUCAAACUUGGUUUCAUCAGACCAGAGAAUCUUGUUUCUCAUGGUCAGAGAGUCCUUUAGGUGCCUUUGGGCAAACUCCAAGCGACCACUGUGUUCUUGGGGACCUUCAAUGCUGCAGAAAUGUUUUGGUACCCUUCCCCAGAUCUGUGCGUCGAUACAAUCCUGUCUCGGAGCUCUAUGGACAAUUCCUUCAACCUCAUGGCUUCGUUUUUGCUCUGACAUGCACUGUCAACUGUGAGACCUUAUAUAGACAGGUAUGUGCCUUUUCAAAUCACAUUCAGUCAAUUGAGUUUACCACAGGUGGACUCCAAUCAAGUUGUAGAAACAUCUCAAGGAUGAUCAAUGGAAACAGGAUGCACCUGAGCUCAAUUUCGAGUCUCAUAGCAAAUGGUCUGAAUACUUAUGUAAAUAAGGUAUACAAAAUACAUAUAUACAGUACCAGGCAAAAGUUUGGACACACCUACUCAUUCAAGGGCUAUGAAAUAACACAUAUGGAAUCAUGUAGUAACCAAAAAAGUGUUAAACAAAUCAAAAUAUAUUUUAUAUUUGAGAUUCUUCAAAUAGUCACCCUUUGCCUUGAUGACAGCUUUGCACACUCUUGGCAUUCUGUCAACCAGCUUCACCUGGAAUGCUUUUCCAACAGUCUUGAAGGAGUUCCCACAUAGCACUUGUUGUCUGCUUUUCCUCCACUCUGCCGUCCGACUCAUACAACUGAUUGUGUAUAUUGGUUCCUGACUUCCCUGAAAAGUUGCAUUUAGCGGGGGCUGUUCGAUGCUAAUGCAGUACGCCACAGGAUGUUUUUGUGCUUUUCAAGGGCAGUCAAGUCUGGGGUGAACCAGGGGCUAUAUCUGUUCUUAGUUUUAAUUUUUUGAAUGGGGCAUGCUUAUUUAAGAUGGAGAGGAAAGCACUUUUAAAGAACAACCAGGCAUCCUCUACUGACGGAAUGAGGUCAAUAUCCAUCCAGGAUACCCGGGCCAGGUCAAUUAGCCUGCUCGCUGAAGUGUUUUAGGGAGCGUUUGACAGUGAUGAGGGGUUGUCGUUUGACCGCGGACCCAUUACGUACGCAGGCAAUGAGGCAGUGAUCGCUAAGAUCCUGGUUGAAGAUAGCGGAUGUGUAUUUAGAGGAUAAAUGAGUCAGGAUGAUAUCUAUGAGGGUGCCCAUGUUUACGGAUUUAGGGUUGUACCUGGUAGGUUCCUUGAUAAUUUGUGUGAGAUUGAGGGCAUCUAGUUUAGAUUGUAGGACAGCCGGGGUGUUAAGCAUAUCCCAGUUUAGGUCACCAAGCAAUACGAACUCUGAGGAUAGAUGGGGGGCAAUCAAUUCACAUAUGGUGUUCAGGGCACAGCUGUUGGCUGAGGGGGGUCUGUAGCAGGCGGCAACAGUGAGAUACUUAUUUCUGGAAAGGUGGAUUUUUAGAAGUAGAAGCUCAAACUGUUUGGGCACAGACCUGGAUAGUAUGAUAAGCUCUGCAGGCUAUCUCUACAGUAGAUUGCAACUCCGCCCCCUUUGGCAGUUCUAUCUAGACGGAAAAUGUUGUAGUUGGGAAUGGAAAUGUCAGAAUCUUUGGUGGCCUUCCUAAACCAGGAUUCAGACACUGCAAGAACAUCAGGGUUGGCGGAGUGUGCUAACGCAGUGAAUAACUCAAACUUAGGGAGGAGGCUUCUGAUGUUAACAUGCAAGAAACCAAGGCUUCUGCGGAUACAGAAGUCAACAAAUGAUAGUGCCUGGGGAGCAGGAGUGAUACUACAUCACCAGAUAUGGCUAAAGGCUUUAAGAACUGGUCUUCUAGUGCGUUGGGUACAGAGAAAAAAAGGGGCAGAUUUCUCCGGGUGUUGUAGAAUAGAUUCAGGGCAUUAUGUACAGACAAGGAUAUGGAAGGAUAUGAGUACAGUGGAGGUAAACCUAAGCAUUGGGUAAAGAGAUAGCAUCACUGGAGGCACCGAUUGAGCCGGUCUCCGCGUGUGUGGGGGGUGGGACAAAUGAGCUAUCUGAGACAGGUUGAGCAGGACUGGGGGCUCUACAUUGAAAAAGUACAGUUAGAACUAACCGAAAUAGCAAUAGGCAAGGCAUAUAGACAUGGGAGAGAGGCAUAAGGCAGUCACAGGUGCUAUUCGAGAGAGCUAAGACAACAGCUGGUAAUGGCGACGAAAGUUUGAGCUGAGGCUAAACAGGAUGGGGUACCGUAUAAAGGAACAGUCCAGCAGGCAUCAGCUGUGUAGCUGAGUGAUCUUAAUGUCCAGUGAACAGCAAUAAGUAAGUCCGGGAGCAGUUCAGUGGCUGCUACGUUACAUGCGAGCUAGAGGCACGGCUGUUGAUUGCGUGUGCUAGCGGGCCGGGGCUAGCAGAUGGAUCUUCGUGGUCGUCGCAACGGGAAGCCUGUUGAAACCACAUCAGACGAUUACGUCGGCAGACCAGUCGUGAUGGAUCGGCGGGGCUCUGUGUCAACACCAGGAGAUCCCGUCCGGUUGACAGAGAGGUAGAUAGCCGGGAGAUGGGCCUGGCUCGAGGCUAGCUCAAGGCUAACUGGGGUUAGCUUCAGGACAGUGGCCAACAACGACAACAGCCAUUCGGUUGCAGCUAGCUAGUUGCGAUGAUCCGGUGUUAAGGUCCAGUGAUUCAGUGACUCCGGCAGAAAAUCUGAUAUGCUCUGGCUCGAUAGAGCGAUGUGCAGACUGUGCAGACUGGCCGACAAUUGUCCAGGCUAGAGCUGGCUGGUAGGUAGUGCAGGCCACAGCCACGGACAAUGGUGAAGACCGCUAACGGUGGCUAAUAGCAAGUAGCUAGUUAACUGGCUAGCUGGCUAGUUUCAGCCAGAGGUUCUGGAUAAAAAUGUAUGAAGAAACAACAGAAUCCAUUCCACAUUGGGUGAGGCGGGUUGCAGGAAAGUAUAUUUAGUUAAAGGAUGGAAAGUAGGUGCGACUGCACUUGAAGAAACCUUCAAAGUUCUUGAAAUAUUCCGCAUUGACUGACCUUCAUGUCGUAAAGUAAUGAUGGACUGUCGUUUCUCUUUGCUUAUUUGAGCUGUUUUUGCCAUAUAAUGGACUUGGUCUUUUACCAAAUAGCCCCCCCCCCCCCCCCCCCCCCCCCCCCCCCCCCCCCUACCUUGUCACAACACAGCUGAUUGUCUCAAACGCAUUAAGAAUGAAAUAAAGUGCAAAUUAACUUUUAAGAAGACACACCUGUUAAUUGAAAUGCAUUCCAGGUGACUACCUCAUGAAGCUGGUUGAGAGAAUGCCAAGAGUGUGCAAAGCUGUCAUCAAGUCAAAGCUGUCAUCAAACACUUUUUUGGUUAUUACAUGAUUCUAUAUGUGUUAUUUCAUAGUUUUGAUGUCUUCACUAUUAUUCUACAAUGUAAAACAUUUUAAAAAUAAAGAAAAACCCUUGAAUGAGUAGGUGUGUCCAAACCUUUGAUUGGUAUUGUACAUAUACAUUUGCAAAGAAUGUCUAAAAUCUGUUUUCGCUUUGUCAUUAUGGGAUAGAUUGAGGAUAGUUUCUUACCCAUUUUAGAUAAAAUGUGGAAAAAGUCAAGGGGUCUGAAUACAUUCCGAAUGCACUUGUAACCCAUUUUAUGAUGUUGUACCAGGUAGAUUUGUCACAUUGGAAUUACCUAUCCAAAUGUCUUCAAUUGGGUUACAAGCAAUUCAAUCCAUUUCCUGUUAAUCAAGAUAUUAAGUAGUUCCAUAACAUGAAAUAAUGACUCCAAACACUUUCUUUACAUAAGAUUUUCACAUUAACUAGUCAUAACCAAAUAGUGACCAUCUCAUCAACAGAAAUCUUUCCAGGGUCUUUAGUAUUACAGUACUUAUGCAGAUAUCAUUUAAGAUUCAGUGCUGGCAGUGAACAUACAAUCAUAAUUAAAAAAUAAAAAAUAAACAUAUUCCCUGUAAUGACAUUCACUCUUACGGGUGGGCAAAAAUAGUAAACUUCAAGUCACGCCCACAAUAGGCCACACCUACAACUAUUCUGAUAGACUGCUGCCGCUACAUUGCACCCACAGCUAUGCAAUGCGAAUUCGCAUGAGGUGUUGAAAGCUAUUUAGAAGCUUUCAAUCAAUUCAAAAAAUCACAUUGAUCUGUCAAAUUCGUUAAUUGAUUUCAGACCAAUUUAAUAGAUAGGUUGAAUGAACCAAAGCGAAAUUUUGGACCAUACCAAUCAGAAAAAGCACUUCAGAUGAACAACAGUGCUGUCCCACUUUUUACAGUGUGCAGCACAGUAGGUUGGUGGCACCUUAAUUGUGGAGGACGGGCUUGUGGUAAUGGCUGGAGCGGAAUGGUAUCAAAUACGCCAAACACAUGUGUUUGAAAACAUUCCAUUCGCUCCAUUCCAGCCAUUAUUAUGAGCCGUCCUCUCCUCAGCAGCCUCCACUGGUGUACACUAUUCUCGUUCUGAUGUUUAUUAUGUAAACUAGCGAUGACAACCUGAACAACUCAUUUUGGAUGGCCUCAAUAUACACGUUUAUCACAGUUAAAAUCACUGUUAGAAUCCCUGUUUAAGGGAUGGCGAGGAUUUAAAUUAACAUUGUUUAGUACAGAGCUUACUUAUGUUUGAUAUUUGAGAGAAACUAAUGUCCAUUGUGCACAGUACUGCCAGUAAAUAAUCUCCUUUACUAAUCUGCUUUUCUUCGGUUGCAUUUUUACAAUUCAAUCUAAAUCUGCAGUAUGUAGACAGUGUUAUACCUGUACGUCUGAUGAAGACUUUUACUUUACCAUGCAUCAAGUCUAGCUGGCAGACAUAGUCAUAUUAAAGGUAAUGUUCAGUAUUGCACGGUUGCCCCUAUCACUUCCAUUCUAUUUUUUUAGCUAGCUGUGGCCAAGUUAGCGGAAGUUUGUAGUGUUUUUUUUAAAGAAAACCGAAACAUGGAAUUCAGAUUCUCCUGGCCCAUAGACUACUUUCAGUAUUAGGAACCAUCUAACAUUAAGUUGAAAAUCACUUAAUUUCCCCUUUAAACCACUUAUUAUUCAACCAUAUCCAAUUCUGGAAAAAAAUUGUGCACUAAUCUUCAUUGCUACUGUAUAAUACAGCAACAUCCUCAAUUCAAGACCAUUUUGGUUCAAACCUGGUUAUGUGUGCUAUCCCUGCUGGUUACUGGACUUGAGUGUGUAAAAAGCUGCCAUGUUUUAUCUGUCAUGGUGGUUAACUCUGAAGCAUUCUCUACUAUUAAGCAUGUCUGAUAUAUACCCCAGUCCCUGCCAACACACACCCUUUUCACAAUGCUGCUGCUACUACUAUUAGCACACACAUACACAUCGCUGCAGCAACAUUGUGAAAAUGUCCAAUCCCUCAUUUGAAUUUGCUGCUUGUUAAAACCCUCUCAUCAGCGAAAACAAAUACCUGUUCAUAUAAAUUCCUAUAAUGAUAGAAUGUGAAAACUGGAUCAGAGUUAACUGACUAACUGGAUAUUAUUGGACCUAUUAUGUCUUGUUAACGUUCAGAUAAUGUUCCUACAACACAGUAGAACCACUGAGAUGGGGAGCAAAGAUGUCCAUCAGAUUUCCCCCUUGUGUCUCUCUGUCCCAUACUGUGUCCUCCUCCUCCUCCGUCUGUUCCUCUCCAGUGGUCCUGGCUGUCUCAACCAUAGAAAUAGAAUUACUAGAACGGGCACCCCCUUUCAAGUCAAUGUUCCACGAUGGGUGGACCGGCGGCCAUAUUGUGUGUCAUUCUGUUUCUAUGGUCUCAACAUAAUGUUCAACAUGUACAGUAAACGUGUUCUCUGUAUUGAUACUGCUUUAACAUGGAACAUGUAACAUGUAACAUGUCUGUUCUUAGCCUGAUCCAGGAACAGUUUGAGCUGUCUCGCCAACUCCCUUGGUCAUUGUCUGUUUGGCAUGAGAAUGACCAUAUAGGAGUUUACGAGACAGCGCAAACAGAUCUGGCACCAGGCUGGUCUGUUCUGCCCUGAUCCUGCUGUUUCCACUCUCCUCUGGCUAAUGGAGCUACAUGCUAAUGAUAUCUUCCCCGGGUCUCCCCCCUCCCCUCCCUCCUCGUUUCCCCCGUCUCCCCCCUUCACCACCUUCCUUUGCAAUGUAGCAAGCAGAGCAGCUGUUCAGUCAGAUGAACAACCCUGUAAGUCUUUCUCCGCUCCGGAGCUCGCUGUGGUGGCACAUAUUGAAAGCAUGAGGACACCCAACGCCCACCAAAAUCCACUCUAAAACCCUGGAACGUGCUAUCUAGCUAGUGGGUGAUCAUGUCAUGGUCACAUGGACCCAGUCCCACUGUCACUGGUGUCUCUUUCACAUAAUGUAUUAUGCAUGUUGACCUUUGCACUUAAUGAGUAUGAUUUAGCUUUCCAACUACACGCAUAUUAUGAGUUAGGCGUUUAAUAUUUGUGUUAAAAAACGAUAUUUGUGUUGGAGUUGGAUAUUCGCUUCUGUUCUGGGUGAGCUUAGCAUUAAAGUGGAACUGACAGCAUUUUAGCAACAUAAAAUCUUCUUAGAAUCUGUUCAUAAACACCCACAGGAACAAUAUGACACUUUAAAAAAUCUGACAAACGAGUACUUAGAUAUGGUAAUUUUCACGUUUUCAUAAAUUCUUAGAAUGUUUGGGAGUUAAGUAUACUAAGGCAUUUGUGAAAAUUCUAUAGCAAUAUAGAGUGGGGAAGCGGCCAUGUGUUUGGACAAUUAAUAGAAUAAUACACCUGAAUGGAUUUUUGCAAAUAUGUCAAUACCACGGGAGUCCUCUUACAUUUGGGAACUUUGCGGUCCUAUUGAUCAAACAACCAUGAAAAGGUAGGCUCUCUCUCCCUCAGUUAUGCACAUCAAUAACAACAAGAUCAACAACUAAUGCUAGCCAGAGCAAGAUGAGCUAAAAUAUAAUGAAGGAACAUUAGAGAAACCCACUUAAACUUUUUCAGCUAGUUGGCCGUCAAAAUUGCACUGAUAAACGAUGGGGAAUUGUAGCCUACUCGUCCUUCUGCAGCCUGCCUGGCAAAAUUUGGCUAGCUUGCUAGCUAGCUACUACCAGACACAAAUGAGAGAACACCUCACUCUGACCAUUUUACACGCCUUAGCAGAGCUGGUACAUAGGCUAUUUACAUGUUAUCUAGAGCGUCCAUGACUAACUAUUACUUAUUUUGCCUGCGCUUACUGACACCGGUCAUAUUCAGCGGGUAUUGCGUAAAUUCAUCAGUUAUUCUGCGCUCUGAAUUUGUGAUCGCAAGAGAUAUGCUAGCUGGAUAACAGUCGUUCAAGUUAUUGCUAGCUAACCAAAUAAAACCUGCAUCUCUAGCUGUGUAGAGCCACCGAAAAAUGAUAUGAGGGGAACAAGUCAGUCACUCAGUGACCACUCCGCCAUUGACAUGACAUGAUAUGACAUCCUCCUAGCAGCUAGCUAGCUAUCUAGUUAACGUUAGGCUCCGUGUUUUUAGCUUGCUACAUAAAUAGAUACGCUAGCCUCUUAGCCAAGUUAUGACUGACUUGUGAUCUUUGCCCUUGCUAGUUUGAUUGUAUUGACAUUCCCAGCCUUAGUUACAUUAAUUUUUGUCCAAAAUAGUCAUUGAAACUGAAAUAGUGCAUCCCAAAUGGAGGCAGCAAACAAUGGACCAGGCCAACUGUGAUUUACAACCUGAUAGCAAUAUUUUUUGGACUACCAAGCAGUGUAUUGGUGAAUUAUAUGAAUCAUGCAUUGAACUGCAUCCAUUUAUUCUGCUUACAAUGUCUUAGUGUACGUCAUGGAAUGUUGAGUCAAAUAGAACCUAUUUUUAAAACAUCUUAUAAAGUUGAUUUUGUAGCAUAAACUGGGAAUUUGAUAUUUUCUACUGAUAUUUGUAUUGUCUGUUUGUUUUUGAAUCGGCAAAGUAGUUAAAAAGCUGUCAGUUCCACUUUAAGCUAAGCAUUUAGCUUAGCAUUUAGCUUAGAAAAGCAUAGCUAGAUGUCUGUAUGACAAUACAGUUUGGGCUAGUUUUUUGUGUGUCUUGAUAGUAGGCCUACUCUAUUGUUGAUGCUCAACCCUUGGUCUCUGUAAGAAAUAAUUGUUUUAAGACCCGUGCAAUGGUGAUAUAAUGUGAUCUUCACUCUGGUUGAGUGGUUCUUAUAAAUAUUCCUAGCAAAAAAAUUAGAAUUUGCUAAAAGUUAUGGACAGUUUCUUCUUCUUCUUCUUCUUCUUCUUCUUCUUCUUCUUCUUCUUCUUCUUCUUCUUCUUCUUCUUCUUCUUCUAUAGUGUUCUCACAUCCGGCAUCAUGACGUAUGA